CCCAGCCUUGCCUCGGGUGUAGGGAUUGCAGGGAAAAGCAAAACUACACGGCAAAGACCCUGUGUAGUUUUGUUUUUUGGGAUAAUUGAGGCCAACCGUUCUCACGUUGGAUUUUCUGAACAGAUUUCUGGAUAAGGAGAUUGUUUUAGAAGAUAUCACUCCCUUGGGCACCGCCCCUUCAAUUCUAGGCACUCUUGUGAACACAAGGUGCCUACCAACAUGUCCACACAGGCGCCAACGUUUACACAGCCGCUUCAGAGCGUUGUGGCACUUGAGGGUAGUGCCGCAACGUUCGAAGCUCAAGUUAGUGGUAAUCCAGUUCCUGAGGUGAGCUGGUUUCGUGAUGGCCAGGUUCUUUCCGCUGCCGCUCUGCCCGGCGUUCAGAUCUCGUUCAGCGAUGGCCGCGCUGUUCUGAAGAUCUCUGCCGUGACAGCCGCACACAGUGGACGAUUUUCUGUGAGAGCCACCAAUGGCGCUGGACAAGCCACUAGCACCGCUGAACUUCUUGUUACAGCGGAAACCGCGCCGCCCAACUUUACUCAGAGACUGCAAAGUAUGACCGUGAGACAAGGAAGCCAAGUGAGACUGGAUGUUCGUGUGACAGGAAUCCCUACACCUGUGGUGAAGUUCCUCAGGGAGGGAGCUGAGAUUCAAAGCUCCGCUGACUUUCAGAUUGUACAAGAUGGAGAUCAAUACAGUUUGUUGAUUGCAGAAGCCUUCCCAGAGGAUUCUGGGACCUAUUCUGUCAGUGCCUCCAACAGCAGUGGCCGUGCCACCUCUACUGCUGAACUGCUCGUUCAGGGUGAGGAAGUAGCAGUACCUGCUAAGAAGACAAAAACAGUUAUUUCUUCCUCUCAGAUUUCGUCCUCCCAGAUUUCAUCACGUCAGGCAAGGGUGGAGAAGAGAAUGGAAGCUCAUUUUGAGUCAUCCUCCAGUUCAGCAAUGAUGAUUGAGGGAGGUGCUAUGACUGAGCGCCUGGCACACAAGACCCCCCCACGGGUGCCCCCAAAGCCGACCUCAAGGUCCCCACCUUCAGCAAUGGCGAAAGUGUCCGCCACUCGCCACCAGUCCCCCUCCCCCGUGAGGCCUGUGAAAGGACCAGUACCAGGCCCAGUCAGGUCUGUGUCCCCUGCCGCCAGCAGGCUGUCCGUGUCCCCCAUUCGGCCGGUCAAGUCCCCAAUCAUGAUUCGUAAGCAGGUGAUCCAGACCACAGAGGUGCUGCCGCCGUGGAAACAGGCGGGCUACGCGUCGGAGGCCAGCUACACUGCCAUGACCUCUGGAGCCACUCACAUGCAGACCUCGGUCACCCAGCGUGCCUCGUGGGAGAGCUCUGUUAGUGUGCAGCAGCAGCAAGUGAGCGGGAUGUCCGUGAGUGGAAUGUCCAUGACUGAAAUGGCCACCAGUGGAAUGGCCGUCAGUGGGAUGACCACCAGUGGAAUGGCCGUCAGUGGGAUGGCCGUGAGUGGGAGUGGAAUGGCCGUAAAAGAGGAACACCAAAUGCCAGAUGACAAAACAGCCGCUGUUGCUACGGUGGUAGCUGCAGUGGAACAUGCUCGUAGUCGAGAGCCUCAAAGUGGCUCUGUCGAAUUGUCCACUCAUGAGGUCACCAUCACCUCUGCACAAACUACAUCUACAGCAGAGCAGACAGAACAGGAGGAAUCCCAUGAAGUAUCUGAUACCACAGUGUCCCUUGACAUCAGUUUUGGUGCACCAUAUGCUGAAAGCACCAUACAAGAAAUUUCUUCAACUAUAGAGAUCACACAAGAGGUUGAGAAAUCUGCUGUGAUGGUCGCAGAUGUUGACCAGGCUAGUGAGGUACUUACUGUUUGCUCACUGGUAGAGCACUGUGAACUGAACACUUCCUCUGUGUCGCAUAGUCCCACAGAACAGGAGCAGGGCGAGGUUGGGAAAAAGGCCGGUGCUGUGGCCACUGUGCUUGCUGCUGUCGAUCAUGCACGCGUGCGCAAGCCUGUGCAUGCCGAGAGGGCCGCCACCGCUGAAGAGGAAACCGUAGAGUUCGAUGUAUCACAGCAGGCCAUGUUUGCCGCUGAGCAACAACAACAACUACAACAACAACAAGUCAGAGCAAGGGCAGAGGCCACACUAAUGCCCUCUGCUGCUGAAAAGACUGUUCAUAUCUCCCAGAUCCAAAGGAGCACAGAAACCAGCACCUAUGUGGACACUGGCCUGGCUCCUUCCCCCAUACCACACUUUACAGUUUCAAAAGUUACUGUGCCUAAAGCUGAACAUAGCCAUGAGGUCUCAAUAGCAGGCUCGGCUAUUGCCACUCUCCAGAAAGAGCUAUCGUCCAGCCACGGUGCUCAAAAGAUCAUCAAGCCUGUCAAGGCCCCGACUCACAGGGUCAUGGAAAUAAGAGUGACCCCUGAGCCGACCCUUCCUCCGUUUAGAGACGAGCGAUAUCAGGCGCAGUACGAGACACAUUUGCAAAGCGAGAUAGGCGCUUCCUACGCAGGUGGCAUGGAGCAGGCUUAUGGCGAUUGGGAGGACCAGGCUAUGGAAAUUGCAGCUGUCCCAGCUGAACAAGAAGCAGUUGUGCCUCCUACACUUGUUGCUGCCUUGAAAAACGUGACCGUCACAGAGGGAGAAUCUGUGACUUUGGUGUGCCAGAUUUCUGGAACCCCAGCCCCAACCAUCAUGUGGUUCAGGGAGGACUACAAAAUUGAGAGCACCAUUGAUUUCCAAAUUACAUAUGAGGGUGGAUAUGCCCGCCUGGUGAUCCGCGAGGCCUUUGCUGAGGACAGCGGUCGCUUCACUUGCACUGCUACCAGCCCUGCUGGGACAAUCAGCACAUCUUGCUACCUGCUCGUCAAGGUAUCUGAAGAGAUUGAAACCAGAGAGGAAAUCACCAUUGUCUCCGGUGAAGUUAUUUCUGCAGAAGAGAAACGUGUUAUAAGCGAGGCAAGGGAGGAGACCAUGUCUGAACUGAGCGCAGUCUCUGAAACUGUGGAGGCUGGUGCAGGUGUGGCACCCUUCUUUGUAAAGAAGCCUUUUGUACAAAAGCUGGUCGAGGGAGGAAGUGUUGUGUUCGAGUGCCAGGUUGGAGGAACACCCAUGCCUCACAUUUAUUGGAAGAAGGGUGGUGUGCCUCUCACAACUGGAUAUAGAUACAGAGUAUCUUACAAUAAGGAGACCGGCGCCUGCAAGCUGGAAAUCUCCAUGACAUUUGCUGAUGAUGCAGGAGAGUACACUAUUGUGGCAAGGAAUCAAAUGGGAGAGUCCUCUGCCUCUACUAACCUCCUUGAAGAGGAGGAAUAUGACGCCUACAUGAAGCAAUAUGAUGUGACCUACAAGACAGAGAUGACUGCCAUGGUGCAGGAACCUAGAGUCGGAGACGUUCCCCCUGUGAUAGUGAGUGAAUAUGAGAGAGAACAGUAUCUCACACAGAAGACGACGACAUAUGUUUCUGGACAGGAAUUCCAAAUAUCUGCUUUUGAGCAGAGAAUAAUCCAAGAGAUUGAGAUUCGCAUCCUGAAGAUAACAUACCAACAGAUAGUGACUGAAGAUAGGGAAGAGAUGGUCAUCAAUGUAGCCGAACAUGAAGCUCGGCAGCCCACCUUUGACACACCUGUCAAAAACUACAGAAUCCUUGAAGGCAUGGGGGUCACAUUCCACUGCAAAAUGGGUGGCACUCCACUGCCUAAGAUUGCCUGGUACAAAGAUGGCAACCGCAUCAGCCACGGAGGCCGUUACCAGAUGGAGUUUCUCCAGGACGGAAGAGCCAGUCUGCGUCUGCCCGUGGUGCUGCCAGAGGAUGAGGGUGUCUACACUGCUUAUGCUUGCAACAUGAAGGGCACUGCUGUGAGCUCUGGGAAGCUGUACAUUGAGCCUUCUGCUCCCCAGGGUGUUCAGCGCCAGUACCCACAGCCAGAGGCCAUGAAAAGAAUUAGGUCCACAUCUCCUCGUUCUACCAGCUACUCUCCUGGGCGUUCCCCUAGCUUCUCCCCUGGACGUUCUCCAAGCUUUUCUCCUGGUCGUUCUCCCGGGCGUUCCCCAGCCCGUAGGCUUGAUGAUACUGAUACAACUCAGCUUGAAAGGCUGUACAAACCGGUGUUUGUCCAGAAGCCAUCUUCCUUCAGGUGCUCCGAGGGGCAGACAGCAAGAUUUGACCUGAAAGUUGUUGGCAGACCCAUGCCAGACACAUUCUGGUUCCACAAUGGUCAACAGGUUGUUAAUGACUACACUCACAAGAUAGUGAUCAAGGAAGAUGGAACUCAGUCAAUGAUUGUGGUUCCAGCCAUGCCCAAUGACUCCGGAGAAUGGACCGUGGUGGCCCAGAACAGAGCUGGAAAAACUACUGUUUCUAUGACUCUCACAGUUGAUGCCAAAGAAAACUUGGUGCGACCCCAGUUUAUUGAGAAGCUGAAGAACGUCAGUGUCAAGGAGGGCUCUUUGGUUGCGCUGGCUGUCAAAGCCAUUGGAAACCCUCUCCCUGAUAUUGUCUGGCUGAAAAACAGCGAUAUCAUCUCAUCCCACAAAUAUCCUAACAUUAAGAUUGAAGGCGUCAAAGGAGAGGCCCAGUUCAAAAUCCCCACAGCUGUUGGAUUUGACAGUGCCUGGUACACUGCUACAGCCAUUAACAAAGCCGGACGGGACACCACACGCUGCAGAAUCAACGUUGAGGUUGAGCACAGUGAACCAGAGCCUGAGCGGAGACUCGUUAUUCCCAAGGGGACCUACAAGGCCAAGGAGAUUGCUGCCCCAGAGCUGGAGCCACUGCAUCUUCGCUAUGGUCAGGACCAGUGGGAGGAGGGAGACCUCUAUGAUAAAGAGAAACAGCAGAAGCCCCAUUUCAAGAAGAAGAUGACAUCAGUCAGAAUGAAGCGCGUUGGACCUGUGCACUUUGAGUGCAGACUGACUCCUAUUGGUGACCCCAACAUGAUGGUGGAGUGGCUACAUGAUGGGAAACCUCUGGCUGCUGCCAACAGGAUGCGCAUGGUGAAUGAAUUUGGAUACUGCAGCCUGGACUACGAGGUUGCUUACGCAAGAGACAGUGGCGUCAUCACCUGCAGGGCCACUAACAAAUUUGGUGUCGAUCAGACCUCUGCCACACUGAUUGUGAAAGAUGAGAAAAGCCUUGUCGAGGAAACUCAGCUUCCCGAGGGAAGGAAAGGCAUUCCCAGGAUGGAUGAGAUAGAGCGCAUGGCCCACGAGGGUGGCCCUGCAGGUGUGUCUGGAGAUGACUACACAGAGAAAACAAAACCUGAAAUCGUCUUGCUUCCAGAGCCCGCACAAGUAUUGGAAGGGCAAAUUGCCAAAUUCCGCUGCCGUGUGACUGGGUAUCCAACUCCCAAAGUCAACUGGUACCUGAAUGGACAGCUUAUCCGCAAGAGCAAGAGAUUCAGGCUUCAGUAUGAUGGUAUCUACUACCUUGAGAUUACUGACAGCAAGUCCUAUGACUCUGGAGAAAUUAGAGUCGUUGCCGAGAAUCCCGAAGGUGUUGUUGAGUACACUGUGAAGCUGGAGAUCCAACAGAGGGAGGACUUCAGGACGAUUCUCAGACGCGCCCCUGAGAUUAAACCCACAAUUGAACCCUUCGGAGAGCAUGGCAGAGUGUCUUUUGAAGUUGUGAAGGUUGACAAGCCUAGUGAGGUCUCCCAGCAGAAAGAGGUCGUAAAACUGAGAAAAGUUGAGAGAGUUGUCCAUGACAUAUCUACAGAGGAGACGGCAGAACUGAGAAGCAAAUUCAAACGUAGGACAGAGGAGGGCUAUUACGAGGCUAUUACUGCUGUUGAGCUCAAGAGUCGCAAGAAGGACGAGUCUUAUGAGGAAAUGCUGAAGAAGAGGAAAGAUGAGCUUCUUCACCACAUCAAGGAAAUGUCUGAGGCUGAGAGGAAGAAGAUGGAAGAACAAGGCAAAGUCACCAUCCCCACCAUUAGACCAGAAAAAGUGGCUCUCUCUCCCAGCAUGGAGGCUCCAAAGAUCCUGGAGCGUAUCCAGAGCAAAACAGUUGCUAUUGGAGAUGAGGUUCGCUUCCGUUGUAGAGUUGUCGGAAAACCAGACCCAGAAUGCCAGUGGUUCAAAAAUGGUGUCUUGCUGGAGAAAUCUGACCGUGUUUACUGGUACUGGCCUGAAGACCAUGUCUGUGAACUGGUGAUUAGAGAUGUCUCUGCAGAGGACUCUGCAAGUGUCAUGGUCAAAGCUAUCAACAUUGCUGGAGAGACCUCUAGCCAUUCAUUUUUGUUGGUGCAAGCCAAGCAAGUUAUUACAUUUACUCAAAAACUGGAAAACGCACAUUCCAAAGAGAAGGACACCAUGGUUACCUUUGAAUGUGAAACAAAUGAGCCUUUUGUUAAAGUCAAAUGGCUGAAGAACAAUGCUGAGAUUUUCACUGGUGACAAAUACAGGAUGCACUCUGACAGAAAAGUACAUUUCCUGUCUGUUCUAAUGAUCACCAUGAAAGAUGACGAUGAAUAUUCUUGUGUUGUUAUUGAUGAUGACCAAGUAAGAACUUCUGCCAGACUCCAUGUGGAAGGUGCCGCUCUUGAAAUUCUGAAGAAACUGGAGAGUGUUGAAGUCCCUGAAACAUAUUCUGGAGAAUUUGAAUGUGAACUGUCUCGUGAAGAUGCUGAGGGAACAUGGUACUUUGAAAACAAGGAGAUCACUCCCAGCUUGAAAUAUGUUGUGUCCUCUCGCCGUGGACGUCACGGUUUGUCUGUGAAAGAUGUCAAGAAGGAAGAUCAGGGCAAAUACAUUUUCAAAGUUGGAAAUUUGAGCACAAGUGCUUCCCUGAAGAUGAAAUUGCGUCCUAUUACUCUGAUGCAAGGCCUCUCUGACCUGACUGUCUGUGAGGGUGAUAUUGCUCAGCUGGAGGUGCGCUUUUCACAAGAGAAUGUUGAGGGAACAUGGAUGAGAAAUGGACAACCCGUCUCAGCUUCAGACAGAGUUCACAUUGUCAUUGACAAACUGGUUCAUAAGCUGCUCAUUGAAAAUGUCAACAGGGAUGAUGCAGGAAUGUAUUCCUUUGUUGUUCCUGCUCAUGAUAUUUCCACGACUGGAAAGCUUACAGUGCAAACAAUUGGCAUCUUGUCACCACUCAAGGACGUUACCUCUAUUGAAGGCACCAAGGCUGUUCUGGAGUGUAAGAUCUCUGCAGCUGAUGUCAGCUCAGUGAAAUGGUACCAUAAUGACAAGCAGGUGAUGGCCACAGACAGAAUCCAGAUGGUUGCCAAGGGAACCAAACAGCGUCUGGUGCUCACCAGGUCCUUUGCCUCUGAUGAAGGUCAAUACAAGCUGGUUGCUGGCAGAGUUGACACAAGCUGCAAAGUGACUGUUGAGAAAAUUUCCAUUGUGAAGCAUAUGGAGGACCGUGUUUGCACAGAGACCCAGAAUGUGACUUUUGAGGUGGAGUUGUCUCACCCUGGUAUUGAUGCAGUUUGGACCUUAAGGAACAAUGUGCUCAAAGCAGGUGCAAAAUACAAGAUGGAGUCCAAAGGCAAACGCUACAGCCUUACAGUCAUCAAUACCAUGAAGGAUGAGGAGGGGCAGUAUGCAUUUGCUGCUGGAGAGAAAACAUCCAGUGCAAGACUUACUGUAUCAGGUGGUGCUAUCAACAGACCCCUUCAGGACCAGACUGUGGCAGAAUCUCAGAGUGCUGAGUUUGAGUGCGAAGUCGCCAAUGCCAGUGCUAAGGGCAAAUGGCUGAAGGAUGGCCAGCCUGUUGACUUCAGUGAUAAUGUCCACAGCGAAGACAAGGGUGCUGUGAGGCGCCUUAUUAUUUCCAUUACAAGGACUCAGGACGUUGGUGAAUACACCUACCAGGUGGCCAACUCCAAGACAUCAGCCAACCUGAAAGUUGAAGCUGUAAAAGUGAAAAAGACUCUUAAGAACCAAACUGUGACUGAGACUCAGGAGGCUGUGUUCAGCCUUGAGCUCACCCACACAAAUGUGAAGGGAUCUCAGUGGACCAAGAAUGGCGUUGAGCUUGUUCCAAGUGACAAGUAUGAAAUCACCAUGGAUGGCAUGGUGCACACUCUAAAGAUCAAGAACUGCACCACACAAGAUGAAUCGGUCUAUGCAUUCAAACUGGGAAAACUCACUGCCAAUGCCAGACUGAAUGUUGAAACAAUCAAAAUUGUGAAGAAGCCAAAAGACAUCACCUGCCUGUUGGAUGCCACUGCCUCCUUCGAACUGAGCCUAUCCCAUGACAACAUUCCAGUGAAAUGGAUGUUUAAUAACAUCGAACUGAAGCCAAGUAACACCUGCCAGAUACAGUCAGAGAGGAAAGCACAUAAACUUAUCAUCCAGAACAUUGACGCCAGCAAGGCUGGGGAAUACACUGCUGUGGUUGGACAUCUGCAAUGCAGUGCCUACCUGCAUGUUGAAUCCCUGCGUGUCACAAAGCCUAUGAAGAAUAUUGAAGUCCCUGAGACCCAAGUGGCAACCUUUGAGUGUGAAGUGUCACACUUCAAUGUACCAUCCACUUGGCUGAAGAAUGGUGUGGAGAUCGAGAUGAGUGAGAAGUUCAGAAUUGUGGUGCAGGGAAAGCUCCACCAGCUCAAGAUCAUGAACACCAGCAGAGAUGACGCAUCAGAGUACACCUUUGUCUGUGGAAAUGACAGAGUCUCUGCAACACUGACAAUUAGCCCCAUUUUGAUCACCUCCAUGCUGAAAGAUCUCAAUGCUCAGGAGAAGGACACUAUUACCUUUGAGGUUACUGUCAAUUAUGAAGGCAUCACCUACAAAUGGUUGAAAAAUGGUGUGGAAAUUCGGUCCACAGAUAGGUGUCAGACUCGAAGCAAGCAACUCACUCACUCUCUCACCAUACGCAAUGUGCACUUUGGUGACAGUGCAGACUACAAGUUUGUUGCCGGAUCUGCUGAAACAUCUGCAAAACUCUAUGUUGAUGCUCGUGUGAUUGAGUUCACAAAGCACAUCAAAGACAUCAAGAUUACUGAGAAGAAGAAGGCUAUUUUUGAAUGUGAAUUAUCUGAACCUAAUAUACAAGUGACAUGGAUGAAAGAUGGACAGGAACUUGAAGUAUCUGAGAGGUAUAAGGUUACCACAGAGAAGUUCCUACAUCGUUUGAUGAUUCAGACCGUCCGUCUGUCUGAUGCUGGAGAGUACUCUGUGGUUGCUGGUUCCAGCAUGUCAAGGGCUCAUCUCACAGUUGAAGGCCGUGACGUCCGGAUCACAGAACCUGCUGAGAAAGAUAUCACUGUUGUUGAGAAACAGAGGGCUACAUUCGAGUUUGAAGUAAAUGAGGAUGACAUUGAGGGCCGCUGGCUGAGGAAUGGAGUUGAGAUCCAGUUUUUCUCAGAGGAGCGGUUCAACUAUGUGGUUAUUAGGAAGAUUCACCGUCUGACAAUCACUGAGACCUACAGAACUGAUGCUGGGGAGUACACCUUUAUUGCUGGCAAGAACAGGAGUGUGGUAACACUUCACGUCAAAAUUCCUGAGCCUCCCAGAAUCGUCCGCCAGAUGGAGGCACUUACGGUUGAGGCUGGCAAGCCUGCUCGCUUCAAUGUGGAGGUGGCAGGUGUCCCUCAGCCUCAGGUAGCUUGGUACAAGAACUCCCAGGCUCUGUCAGCUGGGUUUAAAUGCAAGUUCCUUCGAGAUGGGAAUGAGUAUGCACUGCUGCUGAUUGAGGUCUUCCCGGAGGAUGCUGCAGUUUAUAACUGUGUGGCCACAAAUGACUUUGGCCAGGCAUCUAGUUCUGCUAAUCUUACUGUGGAAGUCUCAGAGGUGGUGUCUCCCGAGUCAGGUGCUCCCGUCUCUCCCCCUGUCAUCAUCUCUCCAAUUCACAAUGCCUCUGCCAAGGAGGGUGAAUCUGUCAGAUUCCAGUGCCGUGUCUCUGGAGAUGAUCUUAAGAUCAUGUGGUACUGCAAAGAUAAAGAGCUCAAGCAGUCUGAGUUCUUCAGGAUGUCCCAGUUUGACGAUAAUUGCAAAUUGGAGAUUGCCAGAGUGUACCCUGAGGAUGAGGGGGAGUACAUUUGCGUUGCUCGUAACUCUGCAGGAAUGGUCUCAUGCUCUGCUUUCCUGAACCUCGAUGGAGAAAUGCACACUCAGGACACUGCAUCCAAACAGUGGCAUGCCACUUCCAGUCUCUCCACAAGCAUAUCAAGUGUUAAGAAGGAACCAAUUGGUCAAAAGCCCACUUUUAUUCAGCCUAUUAUGAGCUGCUCCGUGUAUAACGGGGAAGUGGCCAGAUUCCAUGCUUGUGUGUCCGGCAUGCCGAGGCCAGAAAUCAGCUGGUUUCACAAACGGGAACCCAUAAAACCAACAAAAAAUGUUGUCUUCCAUUUCGAUGAGAUGACAAACACUGCCACACUUAUCAUAGUAGAUGCUUUCUCUGAGCAUGCCGGACUGUACACAUGCAAAGCAAUCAAUAGUGCAGGAGAGGCGGUUUGCACGGCUACCCUGACAGUAACUGCAGAAGUGCCUAUGCAAGAGGUGAUUGAAGCCAAAAUUGAGGAAGAAGUCAAAGAGUUUUCUAGCCUGACUGUGACGACUGAAGAAGAAGAAUCCUACAGAACUUCCCUCCAAUUGCCUGAAAAAUCUAAAACACUUGAACUCAAGUCAGAGCAAAAAAUGUACUCAAGUUCUAUUGAAAAGAAAAAAGAAAAGCCCAUUUUUAUUACCCAACUUGCUCCUGUUGCUGUCACAACAGGAGACACAGCUCGAUUGACUGUCAACAUUUCUGCUUUCCCUAAACCAAAAGUUCAGUGGUUUCAUAAUGGCAGAAUCAUUAUAUCAUCCUCUGUCUACACAUUCAUAGAAAAUAGAGAUGAGUACACAUUAAUUAUCUCUGGGGUUAAGAAGGAAUAUGAAGGAGAAUACUCUUGUGUUGCAACUAACAAAUUUGGCAAGUCAACUUGCACAACCACCCUUAACGUAAAUCUAAGUGAUGUUACACAUGCAGAGAGGUGGGUUGAACAAAUGUUCAAGGUACCUGGCCAGCCUCCGUGUUUCACCACACAGAUUGAAUCAGUGCAAUGUGCAGAAGGGGGCGAAGCAAAAUUUCAGUUUAAAGUUAGCGGAUCACCACCCCCUGUAGUUCAGUGGUUUAAAGGUAGUUACCAAAUUCAAUCAAGUAACCGUAUCACCAUAGUCUACAACCCUGAUGGCUCAGGAUUAAUGAGAAUGACUGGCCUUCAUCAGCAAGACAGUGGGCUCUACACAUGCAAAGCAUCCAAUUCUUCUGGAGAAGCUUCCAGCAGUGCUGAACUGAUUGUCUUCCGUGAGACUGCUUCCAUAUCCCGCCACAAAGAAAAGGUAGUCACCCAGAAGCAGAAAGGCUACAAAGUUUCGAUGACCGAGCAGGCAACUGAGUCCCGUCUAUACAUGGUUAACAUCCCAGGCGAGACUAAAGAGCAAGCAGGACGUCAAAUGAUUUACACCAUUGGCACUGAGGAUAGACAGGUUGACACCAGUGAACAGGUAGACACCUUAAGGGAGGUAGAUAUUUCUGCUGCCACCAUUCAUAGAGAGCAGGUAACCCACCAGGCUGCAGUCUUGGAGUCUCAUGAGGUGCAAGAGAGAGUGACCAUGGGUCCCCCUCGGCCACAGCCAGCAGUUGCGACUCCAGUGAAACAGCUUCACACGGCUGCCCUAACAUCUGCCAUUGAGGAAAAUCAAGGGUUCACAGAGCAGCACUCUGAACGCAUCAAAAGCCCUGAGAUCACAGAGCUAGAAAUGGCAAGGGAACAGCCCUCAAAGUUGAUGUCUGCAAUAUCUGAAAACAUAACACCUUUCACCAUUGUAAAAGCUGGACCUUUAGCUAAGAGAGAAGAGGAAAAGAUGGAGUCAACUCGUGAACCAAUACACCCUAUCAGUAGUCAUCAGGUUGAGACCACACUUUCAAUUAUGAAAGAGAAAUCACAGAAAAUUCCAACACCACAAGUUGAGAAAAGCUACAAAGUCAAAGAAGGUGUGAAAAUUCUGUAUUCUGCUAUAUCAACAGGGAAUCAAGAAAUCACUGAGGGCCACUCUGCAGAAUUAGCCACUUCAGAUUCAGCUAUACAAUCUUCUGUGAAAAAAGAACAGCCAAAACCUGUUAUACUUUCAGUAAGUGAGACUAAACAGACAUUAUCAAAAGAGGAAAUAUUUAUCAUAUCGAGACCAGGGGAAGAGGUGGCUCACACCACCAAAGAUAAGGCACUUAAGACUGCUCUUACAGCAGAAGAAAAGCGUGAGCUUCAAGCAGAGUGCAUGGGUGAACUUCCUGGUUUAGACAGCGCUGUAUCAGUGCACUCAGAGAGGGAACAAGAGCAAGUCUUGCACCUACAGCUGAUUAGUGAUCAAGGUAGUUUGCCCUCAGAGGGUCGGUUUACCUGUGAGAGACCAGCUGAGGAAAAGGCAGAUGUUAGGAAGAGUCCCACCCUGCUCCACUCAGUAUCUACAGAUGAGCAGAGAACCGUCACUUGUGAGGACUCUGCACAGUUUUCAUCAGAGAAGACCUCAUUGACUCUGCAGCCUCAGAAAGAACCCCUUGGGACCUUGCACCUUCAGUCUACUCAGUUCGAAAGUGCCCUGACCAAAGAGGGAAUGAUAUCUUUUGAGAAACCAGACCAGCAGGUGGCAGCACAGAGGCAGGAGAAAGCUCGUAAAAAUGCAGUUACAACUGAGGAAAAGAGGGAGCUUACAGCAGAUUACUACAAAACCCUUGACACAUCUGUAACAGGUGUUCAGUCUGAGCAUAAAAUAGAGCCAAAGCCUCAGAGUAUUCUUCAGGUUGUCUCCGAUCCUAUGCAACUGCCAAAGGAAACGCCUUUCUCGACUGAUAUGAAACAACAACGCGCAUUAGUCCAGAAGGAAGACCGCUGGAAUAUUGUACAUGUUACUUCUGUGUCUGACAGGCAAGAUUUAGAAGAGGGCCACACAGAUGAUUUGGGGUCAGUUGAGAAAUUCACAAGUAAGACUGAAGUGGAACCAAAAUUACCUUUGGAAUCCAUCACAAUAGAGGAGAGAGCAGUCUCAACUGAGAGCAGUGUGGCUCUUGAGGCAGCAGAACAAGAUUUUGCAGUCCAAAUUCAGGAGGGCCAGUCUGUCAGACAGUCUAUCGUUAUGGAUGAGAAACACAUCUUGACUGGAGAGCAGUCUAAAGAAAUCUCUAAAUCUGAGACAACAACAGCAACUGUAGUUAAGCAGAGCAAAAGUGCCUUUAUGGUGUCAGAAUCUAGAGAGAGCCAAACCCUUCCGAAAGAGCUCACUUUUGUGAUCCAAGCACCAAAAUCAUUUACCUUGGAUGUCAGGCAUCAGUUGAAGAGUGCUUUACAGUCUGCUGUUGCACGAGAUCAACCUCUGAUACUGGCAGAUGUUGUGCAGAGUUUAGCAGUCGUAGAAGUACAAGAGGUUAAGGUACGUAGAGAGCCAAAGUAUGCGAUGUACACAUACCUAAUCACAACAACAGGUGCACCUAUUGAAAUCACAAUUGCCUUUGAGAGUGGCUAUCCCCAAACUGCAGAUCUGAAAAGUGAGCUUAAGGCUGCUUUCUACUCCAUAGUCUAUAGAGAGCAGCAGGUCCUGACAUCUGAACAGCCUGGCACGAUGCAAAUCGAUAGGCCUCAGAGAUUGCAGGUUACGAGCGCCUCUUCAAAAGAAAUGCUCUCAUCCAUGGUGCAAACAGUGCAGACGAGUGAGAAUGUGUCAGAUUUGGCAGCGCCUAAGACACAGUCUGCCGCACUGAGAACUGAAACCAAAGCUUCCUUCCAGACAGUAACAGCACAGGAGCAAACUAUUGUGCAAGAGUCAAAAAGAGCCAUGGUACAGAUGACCACUGAAUCAAAAAUAGAAAUGGAAAAAUCCGUAGAUAUUUCUACUCAGGAAAGCAGAUCUGUGACAGUGUCGGGCCGUGAGAGAGAUGUUGGUGCAGCUGCUAUUACUACAGAUGUUCCCUUUGCACCAGUGCCUGUUGAGCAGUCAGUAGAUAUCCACAUUAAAAAGAAAAAAAUGGAGGGUUUUCUGAUAGAGGAAACCAUUACAACAACCAAAACUAUUGAAAAGGUUGGCAAAUACCCCCCGAUAUUUGAAACAGAAUUGGAAGAUGUUAUAGUGGAGGAAAAAGGCACAGCCACUUUUACAGUGUCUGUAAAAUUCGUUAAAAAUGUCAAUUGGCUGUUCAAGGGAAAAAUGAUUAAAUCUGGCAAAGAGUUCAAGUGUUCCAAGCAACAUAACACAUACACACUAGUGAUCGACAAAGUAAUCAAGGAGAAGCAUGAAGGAGAGUAUGUCUGUGAGGCAGAGAAUGAAGGCGGCAAGACUACAACAUCCUCAAGACUCACAGUUGUCUUAAGAGUACCACCUGUUUUCAGGCACAAAGCCCAUCCACUGGAAGUCAACAUUGGCGCCAAUGCCAGAUUUGAGUGCGAGAUUGAAGAUGCACCAAAUGUCACUUUCAAGUGGUACAAGUCUGGCUCUGAGAUCAGACAAAGUGAGAAGUUCAUGAUCAUCAGCCGUGGCACCAUUUCCUCUUUGGAGAUUCUCAACCCAGCCAAGGUGGACACGGCUGAAUAUACCUGCAAAGCUUCUAACCAGCAUGGAAGUGACAGCUGCUCUGCUCGCCUCAACGUGACUGAACCGCCAGACUUUGCACAGAAACUUCCGAGCACAAAGUUUGUGAAGCUGAGCGACGCAGUCGUUUUCGAAUGCAAAGUGACGGGCACUGCCCCACUUCAGAUUAACUGGUUUAAAAACGAUUCAAAACUGACAGAUGGUCACAACUGCAAGACAUCAUUUGAUGGCUCAGUGGCAGUCCUCCAUGUUUCCUCCGCGUCAUUUGACGAUGGUGGAGUGUAUACAUGUGAGGCUCAGAAUGACGCUGGAACUAAAAGCUGCAGCGCAACACUCACAGUGAAAGAACCACCAUCUUUCAUCAAAGUGCCUCAACCUGUUGAAGGACUGAAAGGCAAAGACGUCAGUCUGAACUGUGAAUUGAAGGGCACAGCACCGUUUGAGAUAACCUGGUUCAAAGAUAAAAAGGCACUAAAGGAGGGCAGAAAAUAUAAGUUUGUGUACGAAGGAUGCUCUGCAACUAUGCAUAUCCUUGGUCUGGAAGCUUCAGAUGCUAUUGAGUAUGAGUGCAAAGCAUCCAACAGUGUAGGAAGUGACACAUGCAAUGUGUCUGUUAAACUGAGAGAGCCACCAGUCUUUGUGAAGAAGCUGUCCAAUAUGACAGCAGUGUCUGGUGAAGAAGUGACUUUGGUUGCCACGAUUAAAGGCUCUCAGCCAAUGACUGUAUCUUGGGUUCAGGACAAAGACCAUGUUCUUAGGGAUGGUGACAACCGCAAGAUUACCUUUGAGAACAACCAGGUCACUCUUAAAAUCUUUAAGGCUGACAAAACCACUGCUGGGAAGUACACCUGUCAGCUCAAAAAUGAUGCUGGGGUGGCAGAGUGCAUAGCUAACUUGACUGUUUUAGAGCCGGCUUUAAUUAUUGAUAGGACAGAGUCUUUUAGUGUCACAGAAGGAGACAUAGCCGCCCUAGAGUGUACUGUAGCUGGAACUCCCGAGUUAAUGCCAAGGUGGUACAGAAAUGGAGUGGAACUGUCGUCUGGAAAGAAGUACAAGAUCACCUUUGCAAAAAUGAUCUCCAGUCUUAAAAUUUUGACAAGCGAGAGGGACGACUCUGGAGAGUACACAUUCGAGGUCAAAAAUGAAGUUGGCGCUGAUGUCAGCAAAAUACACCUCAAUGUCCUAGAUAAAAUAAUUCCUCCGGCGUUCUCACGGAAAUUGAAAGAUGUACAGAGUAUUGUGGGUAAAUCUGGUGAACUGGACUGUAAAGUGUCUGGAUCUUCACCUUUCACAAUCUCUUGGUACCAUGAUGGAGCGGAGAUCACAAGUGGACCUAACUACGAAAUUAUGUUCAGCGACAACACCUGCACUUUGAAAGUUCCCACACUCAAACUGUCUGAUUCUGGAACGUACAAGUGCAAAGCUGUCAACAAAGCAGGAACCGCUGAAACCAGUUCAACUUUCGUUGUAAAAGAGCCUCCAUCUUUUGUGACUCAACCUCAACCACUGGAAGCGUUGCCCGGCUCAAGCGUUACAUUUGCUGCUACUGUGAGGGGAAGUGCCCCUCUAAAACUGAAAUGGUUUAGAGGGAGCAAGGAAGUUUUGCCUGGAAGGGACUGUGCAAUAGCUCUCAAAGGUGACAUGGCUACGUUGGAGCUCCGCAACGUUGAUAAAUCCCACGCAGGAGAGUACACAUGCCAAAUUAUUAAUGAUGCUGGAAAGGAGAACUGCACAGUGAACCUGUUUGUGAAAGAACCUGCUCGUUUCAUUAAAAAACUUAAAGACCUUUCUGUUGAAAUGGGCAAAUCCAUGAUUCUUGAAUGCACAUACAGUGGAAGCCCAGAAAUUCAUGUUAAAUGGCAUAAGGAUGGGCAAGAGAUAUAUUCCUCUUACAAGUACAACAUGACAACAACUGAGAGCUCCUGCAUCCUGGAGUGUCUAAACAGUGAUAAAGAGGCUGCAGGAAAAUACUCUUGCGAAGUCUCCAAUGGAGCCGGAACUGAUACUUGUCAUGCCAAUGUGUCCAUAUUAGAACCUCCAUACUUUAUUGAACAAUUGGAGCCAAUGGAUGUCACAGCUGGAGAUGCUGUUUGCUUGAAAUGCCAAAUAGGGGGCACACCUGAAAUUAAAGUAUCCUGGUUUAAAGCCGAUGGAAAAUUGAGAUCCUCUGCCAUGUGCAAAAUGGAAUUCUCAAAAGGUGUAGCCUGUCUGAAAAUUAGUAAAACGUCUAAAGCAGACAUUGGAGAAUAUACAUGCAAAGCUGAAAACAGCAUUGGAUCAGCAUCCUCCAGUUGCCAACUAACUGUACAAGAGGUCAAAACACCACCAUCUUUCCCCAAGAAAAUUACUAGUAUACAACAAACUGAGGGACAGGCAGUCAGAUUUGAGUGUCGUGUGGCUGGAUCCUCCCCCAUGGAGAUCUCUUGGCUUAAAGAUGGUGAAACCUUGAGAAAUGACGCUGAAUUCUCAAUGAGUUUCGAUGAUAACUCUGCCGUCCUUCAAAUUGCCAGAGGAGAAAUGAGACACUCUGGGGAAUAUACUUGUGUCGCAACAAAUAGUGUUGGGACAGCCUCUUGCAGAGCCAAACUCACACUUCAAGAGCCAAGAUAUCCACCAGUUUUUGAUAAAAAGCUUUUGCCAGUGGACGUUACGGUGGGAGAUAGUGUGGAGAUGGAAUGUCACAUGACUGGAUCUUUGCCAAUGAAAGUGACAUGGUCAAAGGAUCACAAAGAUAUUCGCACUGGCGGAAAUUAUAAAAUAUCAUGUGUGGAUAACACUGCACACCUCACCAUUCUAAAAGCAGAUAAAAAUGACUCUGGACGCUAUUCUUGCCAUACUAGUAAUGACAUGGGAAAGGACUCUUGUUCUGCUGAAGUAUCUGUGAAAGAGCGUAAAAUUCCUCCCAGCUUCACCAAAAAGCCCUCUGAAUCUAUCGAGGAAGUUGAGGCCAAGGUGGUGAAACUAGAGGCCCGUCUGUCUGGAUCUCAGCCCAUAACAGUGAACUGGUACAAAGAUGGCAGUGAAAUCUCCAGCUCUGACGACUAUGACAUAUCCUUCAAGAACAAUGUGGCUGUGCUCUGUAUCAAGAAGUCUCAGUGCUCAGACAGUGGCACAUACACCUGCAAAGCCACUAACGAAGCUGGCAGCGACAGUUGCCAAGCUACAGUGAGAAUCUCAGAACACAAGGUGCCUCCGACCUUCGACAUACCUCUUAAGCCAGUGACCAUUAAUGCGGAUGACAAGCUCACCCUGAGCUGCCACGUCCGUGGUUCUCCUCCGCUGAAGGUUCAGUGGAUGAAGGACAGACGGGAGGUGUCGUCCUCAGCCAGCACAAAGAUCACCUUUGUAAAUGGCACAGCCACUUUGGAGAUUGUCCGUGUGUCCAAGAAUGAUGCUGGAGAUUAUUUGUGCAAGGCUACAAAUGAGGCUGGAAGUGAAUUUUGCAAGUCCAAAGUGACUGUGAAAGAAAAAGCCGCUGCCGCAGCUCCAGCACCUGAAGCGGCCCCUGCAGCCAAACCAGCAAAGAAGCUUGAUAACUUGUACUUCAUCGAAGAACCCAAGACUGUUCAUAUCACAGAGAAGGGUACAGCAACCUUCAUUGCUAAAGUUGGUGGUGACCCAAUCCCCAACGUGAAAUGGAUGAAGGGCAAGUGGAGACAGGUUACUCACGGUGGUCGCAUCACCAUCGAGCAGAAGGGUCAAGAGGCCAAGCUGGAAAUCAGGGAGGUUACCAAAUCUGACUCUGGACAGUACAGAUGUGUUGCAUCUAACAAACACGGAGAGAUUGAGUGCAGUGCUGACAUGAAUGUCGAGGAGAAGAAAGAGAUUGUCCCUGAGACAGUGAAACUAAAGAAGACACCUUCAAAGCAGAAAAGUCCGAAGGAAGGCCAAGAGAUUGAUAUUGUAGAGUUGCUGAGGAAUGUAGAUCCAAAGGAAUAUGAGAAGUAUGCUCGCAUGUACGGGAUCACUGAUUACCGUGGUCUCCUACAAGCUAUUGAGCAGUUGAAGAGAGAGAAGGAGGAGGAGAGUGGACGACCUGAGGGAAGUUUGGCUUCAAGAGAGUCAGAUGAAGAUUUGGCUCAAAUUGUGGCUGAUUUGCAAAAGAGAAUGGAACAGACAGAGCCUGUUACUCUUGUGAAAGACAUCACUGAUCAAACAACAGAUGUUAACAAGGAGGCUGUGUUUGAAUGUGAAAUUAAAAUCAACUACCCAGAGAUCACCUUGUCCUGGUACAAGGGUACACAGAAGCUUGACACUAAUGAUAAAUAUGAGAUCAAAAUUGUUGGUAACCGCCACAUACUGAAGAUCAAGAAGUGCCAGACUGGUGACGCAGGCAAUUACCGGGUUGUAUGCGGGCCACAUAUCUCCAGUGCCAAACUCACAGUACAGGAAGCUAAAGUGGAAGCACAUUUGGAGGAAACUGCUGAAAUUGAGUUAGGAAGGUUGCCUUAUGAUGUCCCUGACACAUCAAUUCAAGUGCCCGAUGCACCUACUGCAUUUGCCAUUAAAGAAGAGUCAUCAACUGAAUACUAUCAGUAUGAGGAGAAGAUGGAGAUACGAGAACGAGAAAUCUGGACAGAAGAAAUGGUAGUGCAGGAGGUCACUACAGUUGAAGUUCCAAGGGUGCCUGUGGAGGAACCAGUCCAGAGGGCGAAAUUAGGCAUGAGAGAGGAAGCUCCAGAGAGAGUUCCUGAGGCUUCCAAGCCUGAAGAGAAACCAUCUAUCAAAGAACCAAAGAAACAGGAACCAGCUAAAGUACCUGAAGCCAAGAAGCCCGUGGAGGAAAAAGUAAUUCCAGUAAAAGUGCCAGAGAAAAAGGAUGUUCCACCACCAAAAGAACUCGAAGAGCCAAAGGUUUCUGUUCCUAAGCCAACUCCCACUGCUCCUGUAGAACAACAGGUCACUCCUAAAAAAGAUGUCCAAACACCUGCAGCACCUGCGGCUGCUGAGCCUAAACCAAAGGUGCCGGCUGAGCCUAAACCACAGGUGGCUGUUGAACCGGAACCUAAGCCCGAAUCUAAAGCAGCACCGGCAAAGAAACCAGAAGCUCCCCACGCUAAAGUCCCUGUGGAGGCAAAGAAACCCACUGUGUCAGAACCAUCAGAGCCACCAAAAACAGUACCAGCUAGAAAACCAGAGCCGACGCCAACCCUGCCAGAAGUUGCCGCACCAAAAGUGGCUGAACCAGAAAAGAAGGCCCCUCCUGCAAAAACUCCAUUCUCAAUAAAAGAAGAAGUACCUCCCCAGAAAGUGCCUGAGGAGAAAAAGAAGACACCAGUAAAAGAACCUGCAGCACCAAAAGUGCCUGAACCAGAGAAGAAGGCGGCUCUUGAUACAAAACCGGUGUCGGUAAAACCUGAGGUUGCUCCCCCUAAAGUACCUGAGCAAGAAAAGACAACUCCUGAAAAGACCCCUGUGCCAGAGAAAAAGGAAGUUGCCCCGGCUAAAGUGCCUACCCCUGAAAAGAAACCAUCACCUGAAGCUGCAAAGAAAUUGUCUCCACCUCAAGUACCAAAAGCUGAAAAGAAACCAUCUCCUGAACCCGCUGCAAAAAAAGUCUCUCCACCUGAAGUGCCAAAAGUUGAAAAGAAACCUUCCCCUGAACUUGCUACAAAGACAGAACCACCUACUGAACUUGAAGAUGGUGGAAAAGGACCUGUUUCUGCACCUGGACCAGUUAAGAAAGAGGGAACUCCUAAAGAUACAGGAGCAGCAGGUGGAAGAGGAAGAGGCUUGAAACCAAAACAAACUCCAUCCCCAGGAGAAGGUAGAGGCAGAGGCCUGAAACCUGGAGGUGGAGGCAAACCUCCAGAGGAGCCACCAUUCGCUGGAUUCCAGCUGAAGGCUGUCCCACUGAAAUUCAUCAAGGAGCUCAAAGACAUUGUGUUGUCAGAGGCCGAGUCGAUUGGUACCUCUGCUGUGUUUGAGUGUGAGGUGUCGCCCUCCACUGCCAUCACCACAUGGAUGAAGGAUGACAGCAACUUGAGGGAGAGCCCUAAGCACAAGUUCACUUCUGACGGCAAAGACCGCAAACUGGCAAUUAUUGACGUCCAACUCUCUGACCGCGGUGAAUACACUUGUGUGGCUACGCUUGGCAAAAAGGAGAAGACCUCAACUGCCAAGCUCAUUGUGGAAGAGCUGCCAGUGAAAUUCGUGAAGACACUUGAGGAGGAAACGUCUGUUAUGAAGGGACAGCAUCUGUACCUGACCUGUGAGUUGAACAAGGACAAGGAGGUGACAUGGAAGAGAAAGGGCACACCUUUUAUAACAGUCCCUGGAAAGAUCCAAAUAGCUUCCAUUGGACUGCAACGUGCUGUGACAAUCCAGAACGCUCAAGAAGAGGAUGCUGGACUUUACGUAUGCGAGUGUGAAAAUAUCCAGACAGAGUCAAAGGUCAAAAUUAUUGAAAUCAUCAAAGACUGGUUAGUGAGACCACUGAAAGACCAGCAUGUGAAGCCUAAAGCUACUGCCACAUUCAAGUGUGAACUCUACAAAGACACCCCAAAUUGGAAGUGGUUCAAGGGGGAUGAGGAAAUCCCUAACGAUCCAACAGAUAAAACAGAGGUUACGAAGGAUGGUAAAGAGCUUACUUUGACCAUCAAAAAUGCAGCCCCUGGUGAUGUUGCAGAGUAUGCCAUGGAAGUAGAGGGUCGUAGAUACACUGCAAAGCUGACACUUGGGGAGCGUGAAGCUGAGAUCCUGAAGCCUCUGUCUAGUAUUGAAGUUGUGGAGAAAGAGGAGGCCAACUUUGACACUGAAAUUUCAGAAGAGGAUGUUCCUGGAGAAUGGAAACUUCAGGGACGAGUUCUGCAGAGAUCACCAACAUGUGACAUCAGAGCAGAGGGUGCCAAGAGAUUCCUCACUCUAAAGGAUGUUCAGCUUGACCAGUCUGGUGAAGUGUCAUAUCAGGCUCUGAAUGCCAUCACCACUGCAAUGCUCACAGUCAAGGAGGGCGAAGCACGCUUCGUCGUAAAAUUGCAAGAUUAUACAGCAGUUGAAAAGGACGAGGUUGUCCUGGACUGUGAGUUGAACAAAGAUGUCCCAGUGAGAUGGUUUCAUAAUGAGGCAGAAAUCAAGGCCUCAAAGAUGGUGACAAUAAAGACUGAAGAGAAACGACGGAUACUGAUAAUUAAGAGAGUGGGAGACAAAGAUAAAGGUCAAUACGUGUGUGACUGCGAAACUGACAAGACCUUGGCUAAUCUCAAUAUCGAAGCACGUGACAUCAAAGUGGUUAAGCCAAUGUAUGGUGUUGAUCUCUUUGAUGGAGAGACAGCCCGUUUUGAGGUUGAGCUCUCUGAGGAUGAUGUACAUGGCCAGUGGAAACUGAAUGGAGAAGUCCUUACUCCUUCAGCUGAUGUUGAAAUUAUUGAGGAUGGAGCAAAGCACACCUUAAUACUGUAUAACUGCAAAGUUCCCCAAUCCGGGGAGUUAACCUUCCAUGGAGCAAAUGCCAAAUGCACAGCAAUUCUGAAAGUAAAAGAGAUUCCGGUGACUUUCAUUACACCUUUGAGUGACGUGCAUGUGUAUGAGAAAGAUGAGGCGAGGUUUGAGUUGGAGGUGUCCAGAGAGCCCAAAACUUUCCGCUGGCUCAAAGGAACUCAGGAGCUUGAGAAUGAUGACAAGUUUGAGAUCAUUCAAGAAGGGAAAAGGCACACUCUAGUGGUGAAGGCGGCUGGCUAUAGUGAUGAGGCCAAGUAUGCCUUUGAGGCAGAGGACAACAGAACGUCAGGCAAACUUAUCAUUGAAGGCAUUCGUCUUGAAUUUGUCAAGCCCAUUAAGGAUGUGACCGUGAAGGAGCGCGAGACUGCGGAGUUCAAAGUUGAACUUUCGCAUGACAAUAUACAGGUCACAUGGUACAAGAAUGACAAGCGCCUGCACCCCAGCAAAUUGGUGCACAUGUCAGAUGAUGGCAAAGUCCACACCCUCUCCUUCAAGGAAGUGUCCAUUGAUGACACUUCCCUGAUUAAAGCAGAGGCUCUCGGAAAGACCUCAGAGGCCAUGCUCACUGUUCUGGAGGGAGAUCCUUACUUUACGACUAAGCUUCAUGACUACACAGCUGUUGAGAAGGAUGAAGUUAUCCUGCACUGUGAAGUGAGCAAGUCCCAUGCUGAGGUGAAAUGGUUCCAUGAUGGCAAGGAGCUUACCCCCUCCAAGAAUGUUCAGAUCAAAUCCGAUGGAAAGACGCGCACUCUUACAUUAAAGAUAGCUGAGAAGACCAACACUGGUGAAUACACCUGUGACUGUGGUUCUGACAAAACUACCGCUAAAUUGAACAUUGAAGAACGUGACAUCAAGGUUGUACGCCCCCUGUACAGUGUUGAAGUAAUUGAGACAGAAACUGCCCGAUUUGAGACUGAGAUCUCUGAGGAAGAUGUUCAUGGGAAAUGGAAGCUAUUGGGAGAGACCCUUCACUCAUCUGCUGACGUUGAGAUUAAGGAAGAGGGAACCAAGCACAUACUGAUCCUCUACAACGUGCGCAAGGAUAUGGCUGGAGCAAUCGACUUCCAUGCUGCAAACGCCAAGUCCAAUGCCCAGCUGAGAGUUAAAGCACGGGUGAUAGGCCUCAUGAGGCCUCUGAAGGAUGUUACAGUCACUGCUGGAGAGACUGCCACCUUUGACUGCGAACUCUCCUAUGAGGGCAUAACUGUGGAAUGGCUCCUUGGGGGUACCAAGCUGGAACCAAGCGACAGGGUUGUCACCAGGGCAGAAGGGAGAGUGCACACGCUGAGUAUUAGGGAUGUUAAGCUGACGGAGGCCGGGGAAGUAAAACUCACUGCUAAGGACUUCGAGACACAAGCCAACCUCAAAGUGAAUGAGGCCCCAGCUGAGUUCACUAAACCUCUGGAGGACCAGACAGUUGAGGAGGAGGCCACUGCUACACUAGAGUGUGAAGUUUCCAGGGAAAACGCGGAGGUAACAUGGUACAGAGAUGGACAGGAGAUCCGCAAGACCAAGAAGUAUGACAUGGUUGCCGAUGGCCGUGUAAGAAAACUUCUUAUUCACGAUUGUGCAAUCGAUGACUCAAAGACAUAUACCUGUGAUGCCAAACAUUUCAAGACGUCAGCUUUCCUGAACGUUGAGCCUCCACAUGUUGAGUUCUCUACGCCACUCCAUGAUGUUGAGGUCAAAGAGAAGGAAACAGCACAGUUUGAAUGCGAAGUAUCCAGAGAAAACGCAAAGGUCCGCUGGCUGAGGGAUGGCUGUGAGAUCCGUAAAGGCAAAAAGUAUGAGAUAAUUGCUAAAGGUGUUAAGCGUAUUCUGGUCAUUCACAAGGCCGUAUUUGAUGAUGAGGCAGAAUACGAAUGUGACGCAAAGACCUCCAAGAGCUCCGGCAUGCUGACCGUUGUCGAGGAGGAAGCUAGAUUCACAAAGAAUCUGGCCAACUUUGAAGGAACUGAAACAGACAGUGUGAAAUUGAUCUGUGAAGUAUCCAAGGCCAGUGCAGAGGUCACUUGGUACAAGGGUGACGAGGAGCUGCAAGAGGGAGCCAAAUACGAGUGCAUCCAGGAUGGCCGGAAGAGGAUCCUUAUUAUUCAGGAUCUCCGCAUGGGUGAUGCUGGAGAAUAUGAAUGCAGACUUCCAAAUACAAAGACCACAGGCAACCUGAAGAUUAACGAAAUGGCUGCUGAGUUUAUUGCCAGACCUCAGAACCAGGAAGUUAUCGAAGGAAACAAGGCUGAGUUUGUGUGUUCAGUCUCCAAAGAUACCUUUGAGGUCAAAUGGCAUAAAGGUGACAAGGAGCUUACAUCUGAUGACAAAUACGAAAUUCGUGCUGACGGCAAAAAACGAGUUCUUAUUGUGAAGAACUGUGAUAGACAUGAUGAAGGUGGCUACAUUGCACACAUUGGCAGUGUCAGAGCAUCCGCUGAACUGACAGUUAUCGAGAAACUUAAGAUAAUUACGCCACUCAAAGACACCGAAACAGGAGAGGGACAGGAGACUGUUCUUAACUGCGAGGUGAAUACUGAAGAGGCCAAAGCAAAAUGGCUUAAAAAUGACGAGACAAUGUUUGAAAGCAGCAAGUUCAUUAUGACCCAGAAAGAUAACGUGUUCUCAUUGAGAAUCAAAGAGUCCCAGAAGUCAGAUGAUGGCAGUUACACCAUUAUGGUGACAAAUAGCCGUGGGGAACAGGUCAAGUGUUCUGCCCAGCUUACAGUACAAGAGGAGGACCUUAGAAUCAUUGUACCUAUUGAGGACUGUGAAACACAGGAGAAGAGAACGAUCGCCUUCCAAUGCAAGGUGAACAGACCAAACGUGACACUGAAGUGGAUGAAGGGUGGUCAGGAGAUCACAUUCAACAAGCGUAUUGUGUACAGAGUGGACAAAGACAAACACACCUUGACAAUCAAAGACUGCAACCUCAAAGACGAGGGAGAGUACAAAGUCAUUGCAGGAGCCGACAAGUGCUCUGCUGAGCUGAUCAUCAGCGAAGCACCAACUGACUUUGGCGUGCAGCUCAAAGACCAAACUAUCAUAGAGUUUGAAGAUGCUGAGUUUACUUGUGAACUGACCAAGGAAAAGGCUGAGGUGAAAUGGUACAGAAAUGGACGUGAAAUCAGAGAAGGACCUAGAUACCGAAUGGAGAAAGAUGGCAAGAUUUGCAAACUCUGCAUCAAAGAAUGCAGACCAGAUGAUGAAUGUGAAUAUGCAUGUGGUGUGGAAGACAGGAAAUCCAGGGCUAGACUCUUUGUUGAGGAGAUCCCUGUUGAGAUUAUCAGACCUCCUCAAGAUGUAUUCGAGCCUCCUGGCUCUGAUGUCCUCUACGAGGUUGAGCUGAACAAAGACAGGGUGGACGUCAAAUGGUUGAGGAACAACAUGACCAUUGUCCAGGGUGACAAGUACCAGAUGGUGAGCGAGGGCAAAGUUCACCGACUCCAAGUCUGUGAAAUCAGACCUCGUGACCAGGGAGAGUAUAGAGUCAUUGCCAAGGACAAGGAUGCCAGAGCCAAGCUGGAGCUGGCUGCUGUGCCCAAGAUCAAGACUUUGGACCAGGACCUUGUGACAGAUGCUGGAAAGCCGUUCGUUAUGGGAGUUCCCUUCAGUGCUUACCCCAAGGCUGAUACAGAAUGGUUCUACGAGAGCACCAGUUUGCCAAGAGAUAAUGUUCAUACAUCUGCUGACAAGACAGAGUACAGACUGAAGGAUCCAAAGAAGUCUGAUCAGGGCAGAUACAAGGUGACCAUCAAGAACAAGCAUGGACAAGGAGAGGCCUUCAUCAACCUGACAGUUAUCGAUAUCCCCGGACCUGUUAAGAACCUCAAUGUGGCUGAUACUGCUGAUGGAGAAGUCAGCCUUGUGUGGGAGGAGCCAGAGAGUGAUGGUGGCAGCAAAAUCAUUGGCUACGUUGUGGAGAGACGCGACGUCAGGCGCAAGACUUGGACUCUGGCCACCGACCGCGCCGAUAGCACAGAGUACACUGUGACAGGCCUGCAGAAAGACUCCAAGUACUUAUUCCGCGUGUGUGCUCGUAACAGGCUGGGAAGUGGACCAACUGUGGAAACUGACAAGGCCGUUCAAGCCAAGAACAAAUUUGAUGUUCCUGAUCCACCACAGAAUGUAGAGGUGGGCAAUGUCACCAAGUUCAGCGCCACCCUUACUUGGGAACCCCCAGUGUCUGAUGGAGGCUCUGUGAUCACUGCUUACAUCAUUGAGCUCCGUGACCGCACUGCUGUGUCAUGGUCUGCCGUCAUGGUUACCAAGCCUCAAGAUCGCACCGCAGUCAUCAAUGACGUGAUUGAGAAUAAAGAGUACAUCUUCCGCAUCAGAGCUGAGAACAAAGCUGGAACUGGCAAGCCAAGCGCUGCCACACACCCAGUCAAAAUCAUGGAUCCUAUUGAGAGGCCAAGCCCACCCCUUAACUUGAACUAUGCUGAUCAGACCAAGCAGACUGUUCAGCUCACAUGGGAGACCCCCUUGCGUAAUGGUGGCAGCAUGAUCACUGGCUACAUCAUUGAAAGAAGCGAGGAUGGCUCAGACAAGUGGCUGAGAUGCAAUGCUAGACUUUGCCCAGACCUUGUUUACAAGUUGUCUGGUCUAAAGCAUGGAAAGCAUUACAACUACAGAGUAUUUGCUGAGAAUGCUGCUGGUGCAUCAGAUCCAUCCAACAUACUUGGACCAAUUCUAGCAGAUGACCCCCACUUUGCUCCAACACUGGACCUGAGUGGCUUCAAGGAUGGCCUGGAGGUCAUUGUUCCCUUCCCUCUCAAAAUCCGUGUGCCCAUCAGUGGAUACCCUGUGCCCAAAGCAAAAUGGACUUUCGGCGAAAAGGAGCUCACUCCAGAUGAGCGUGUGUCUAUGGUCACCAAGAGCACCUUUACUGAGCUGUUGGUCAAACCAAGCAUUCGUCCAGACAAAGGAACAUAUUCUCUGACUCUAGAGAACGAUGUCUCUUCUGUCUCAGGAGAGAUUGAUGUUAAUGUCAUUGCAUCUCCAAGUGCACCCAAAGAUUUCAAGGUGGCAGAGGUCACCAGAAAGCAUGUGCACCUCAUGUGGGAGGCCCCAGAACACGAUGGUGGAAGUCCACUGACUGGCUACCAGGUUGAGAAGCGUGACGCUUCCAGGAAGACCUGGGUUAAGGUCAUAAGUGGUAUUCAGGAUCAAGAAUACACUGUCACUGAUGUUGUUGAGGGAAAAGAGUACUUCUUCAGGGUAACUGCCUGCAACAAGUGUGGCCCUGGAGAGCCAGCUUACAUUGAUGAACCAAUCAAUGUCUCUUCACCAGCAACUACUCCCGAUGCUCCUGAGAACCUCAAGUGGAGGGACAAGUCUGCUUCAAGCAUCUUCCUGACCUGGGAGCCGCCGAAGUACGAUGGAGGCUCUGCCAUCAAAGGUUACAUGGUUGAUAAAUGCCAGCGUGGCACUGACAAGUGGGAGCCAUGCAGUGAAACCAUCCCUGAGAUGAAGUUUAAAGUGACUGGACUAAUUGAGGGCCAGUGGUAUGCAUACCGCGUGAGAGCCUUGAACAAACUGGGUUCUGGCAAACCAUCCAGGCCUACUGAUGAAAUUUUGGCAGUAGAUCCCAAAGAGGCCCCAGAGAUUAUCCUGGAUGCUAAGCUUCUUACUGGCCUGACUGUCAAGGCUGGAACAAAGAUUGACCUGCCCGCUGAUAUUACUGGAAAACCAGAGCCAAAGGUCAAAUGGAGCAAGGCUGACCAGGUCUUGAAGGCUAAUGACAAUGUCACCAUUGAUACCAAACCAGGCCACUCUGUGGUGUCCAUUGCCAAAACCAAAAGGGAAGACACAGCUACUUACAUUAUUGAAGCUGUCAACAGCAGUGGACGUGCAACUGCAACCGUUGAUGUUAACAUUCUAGACAAGCCUGGGCCCCCUGCUGCCUUUGAUAUUUCUGAGAUCACAAACCAUUCUUGCUUCCUGGCCUGGAAUCCACCUCGUGACGAUGGUGGCUCUAAGGUGACCAAUUAUAUUGUGGAGAGACGAGCACAAGAAAGUGAGAUCUGGCACAAGCUCUCCUCCACUGUUAAACAGACCACAUACAAGGCAACCGACCUGGUUGCUUUUAAGAAUUACAUUUUCAGAGUCUUCGCUGAGAAUCAGUUCGGUGUUGGCCCUGCAGCUGAGCACGCUCCAAUUACUGCCAGAUACUCCUUUGAUACCCCUGGUGCUCCCUACAAGUUAGAGCCUUCCGAUAUUACAAAGGAUGCUGUAACUCUGACAUGGUACGAGCCUGAUGAGGAUGGCGGUAGCCCCAUUACUGGAUACUGGGUGGAGAGGUUUGAGCCAGAUGCUGACAAAUGGAUCAGAUGCAACAAGCUUCCCAUCAGGGAUACCACAUUCAGAGUGAAGGGGUUGCCUACAAGAAAGAAGUAUAAGUUCCGUGUCUUGGCUGAAAAUCUUGCUGGACCUGGCAAACCAAGCAAAGAGACAGACCAGAUCCUCAUUAAGGAUCCAAUUGAUCCUCCCUGGGCUCCAGGUAAACCCACCAUUAGAGACGUUGCCAAGACAUCUGCUUUCCUUCAGUGGACCAAACCCGAGCACGAUGGUGGUGCCAAAAUUGAGUCCUACAUCAUUGAGCUCCUCAAGAGCGGAACCGAUGAGUGGGUCCGUGUUGCUGAUGGCAUUGUCAGCCUGGAGCAUUUCCUGAAGGGUCUGAUGGAGAAGCAGGAGUACUCCUUCCGUAUCAGAGCUGUGAAUGCAGCAGGAGAAAGUGAACCCAGUGAACCAAGUGAUCCUGUGCUGUGCAAGGAGAGACUAAAUCCUCCAUCACCUCCAAGAUGGCUUCAGGUGGUGAAUGUGACCAGGAACAGUGCUGAGCUGAAAUGGACGCCCCCUGAGAGGGACGGUGGUUCACCCAUCAUCAACUACAUUGUGGAAAAGAGAGACGUCAGGCGCAAAGGCUGGCAAGCAGUGGACACCACUGUCAAGGAGUGCAAGUACACAGUCACUCCUCUGAACGACGGUGCCCUCUACGUGUUCCGCGUCGCUGCUGAGAACUCAGUUGGGCCCAGCGCAUACUGUGAACUUGCAGACUCCGUUCUGGCCAAGGAUACAUUUACUACUCCUGGACCCCCAUAUGCUUUGGCUGUUACUGACAUUUCCAAGCGUUAUGUUGACUUAGUAUGGGAAGCCCCACAGAAUGAUGGUGGAAGACCAAUAACCAGAUAUCAGAUUGAGAAAAAAGAGAAACUCGGCACUCGCUGGAUGAAGUCUGGAAAGACAUCUGGCCCUGACUGCAAGUACAGAGUAACUGAUGUGAUUGAGGGAACUGAGGUUCAAUUCCAAGUCUGUGCUGAGAAUGAGGCUGGUGUUGGCCACCCAAGUGAACCCACUGAGAUCCUCACCAUUGAGGACCCAACAGGCCCACCAUCUCCUCCUCAGGAACUGCAAAUCACCGAAGCCGCAAGAGACCACAUCUCUUUCGCCUGGAAACCUCCAGAGAGGCAUGGAGGAUGCCCAGUCUCUGGCUAUCACAUUGAGCUCUGUGAGGCCGGAACUGAGAAAUGGAUGAGAGUGAACUCCCGUCAGGUCAAGGAGCUGAAGUUCACCGCAGGACCAGAGGAGGGCAUUGUUCCUGAGAAGGCAUACAUCGUGAGAGUGCGCGCUGUGAACUCCGUCGGUGUCAGCGAGCCCUCUGAUAUUUCUGAUAAAAUCUACGCCAAAGACGCUGACUGCAACCCAACAAUGGAGUUGGCAAGUCAGGACAUGGUUGUUGUGGAGGGCGAGAAGAUGCAUAUUCCAAUUAAAUUCAAAGCUGUGCCAUCGCCUAAAGUGAUCUGGCACAAAGAUGGCAGUGAAAUGAAGGCUGAUGAGAGGAUCAGUUUCAGGACUGAAUACACAGCCUGUCACCUGGAGAUUCCCAGCUGCCUUCAUGCAGAUGCUGGGCAGUACAAGGUCACCCUGGAGAAUAGCCUUGGCACCACAAGCGGAACAAUCAGUGUUAAAGUCAUUGGUCUUCCUGGACCAUGCAAGGAGAUUGUGGCCAGUGAAAUCACUAAGAACACCUGCAAGAUAUCCUGGGAUCCUCCAAACUAUGAUGGAGGCAGCCCCAUUCUUCACUACGUUCUACAGCGCAGAGAGGCAGGAAGGAGAACCUAUACUAAUGUCAUGUCCGGCGAAAACAAAGUCAGCUGGCCCGUUAAGGAUUUGAUCCCCCAUGGAGAGUACUAUUUCCGUGUCAAGGCAGUAAACAAGAUUGGUGGAGGAGAGUACCUUGAGCUCAAAAACCCUGUGAUUGCUGAGGAUCAGAAGCAGCGUCCAGAUCCACCUCUUGAUGUUGAGACCCACAAUCCAACUGCUCACGCUGUUACCCUGACCUGGAAGCCGCCCAUGUAUGAUGGUGGCUGCAAGAUCAUGGGUUACAUUCUGGAGAGGAUGAUGAAGGGUGAAGAGAAGUUUGAGAGAUGCAAUGACUUCCUGGUGCCAGUGCUGUCCUACACAGUGAAAGGUCUGAAGGAAGGAAAGCAGUACCAGUUCCGUGUGAUGGCUGAGAAUGCUGCUGGAAUCAGCGACCCAUCACGCAGCACUCCAAUGGUGAAAGCAUCUGACUCUGUCGAAUCACCAAAGGUCUUCCUCAGUGGAAGUCUCCAAUCUGGCCUGCAGGUCAAGAGAGGCUAUGAGAUCAGACUGGAUGCCUGCAUCUCUGGUGCCCCAUACCCAACAAUCACCUGGAUGAGGAAUGAUCUGGUCCUUAGGCCCGAGACCCCGCAGGAGCGCCCAGAGAAGCCAGUUGUCAAGAAGAAGAAGGAAAAGGAGGAAGCCAAGGAAGCAAAAGAGGCUAAGGAAGAUGCCCCUGUAGCCAAGGAGGGUGAAGAGAAGAAGGAGCCGGAGGCCAAGGACAAGGAAGCUGCAGAGGCUAAAGAAAAACCAGCUGCCGAGGCCAAAGAGAAGGAACCCGGUGAGGCAAAGGCCGAAGAGGCCAAGAAAGAAGAGAAGGCCCCAGAGGAGGAAGUCAAGGAGCCUGAGGAGCCAGACCACCUACCCCUCCAGCAGCGUCUCACGAUCAACAGCUCCAGGAAGGGUGAAUCUUUCAUCAUCAUCAAAGACUCCGUCAGAUCAGACUAUGGAGUGUUCUCCAUCAGAGUGGAGAAUGAUCAUGGAAUUUGCACUGCAACCUGCGAAGUCAAUGUCCUUGACACCCCUGGGCCUCCUGUUAACGUAAGAUAUGAGGAGGUCAGAAAGAACUCUGUCAUCUGCAAGUGGGACCCACCUCUUGAUGAUGGUGGCAGUGAAAUCCUGAACUACACGCUGGAGAAGAAAGACAACUCCAAGGUUGAAAUUGGAUGGACAACUGUCACAACAACCUUGAGAGGAUGCAGAUACCCAGUACCAAAACUGCUUGAAGGCAAAGAGUACAUCUUCCGUGUCAUUGCUGAAAACAAGUUUGGACCUGGAAUCCCAGCAAUCUCCAAACCUAUGGUCGCAAAGAAUCCUUUCGAUCCACCAGAGACUCCUGAGAAGCCAGAAAUCGAUGACAUCACAGCUCACAGUAUGCUUGUCUCUUGGGAACCACCCAAUGAUAAUGGCAGCCCCAUCCAGGGAUACUGGUUGGAGAAGAGAGAAAUCAACAGCACCCACUGGACACGUGUCAAUCGCAACAUGAUUCCUGACGCCGAGUUGAAUGUUGAAGGCCUUUUGGAGGGUCUGACAUACAUUUUCAGAGUUGCUGCUGAGAAUCAGGCUGGACCCGGAAAGUUCAGUCCCCCAUCAGAGCCCAGAACAGCACAAGCUCCGAUAUUGCCUCCUGGUCCACCAAUUCCAAGAGUCGUGGAUACAACUGACCACUCCAUUGAAGUGGAGUGGGAUCCACCUCUGGAUAACGGAGGAGGAGAAAUCCAAGGCUACCAUGUUGACAAGUUGAUAGCUGGUACAAAGGACUGGUCCCGUAACACAGAGAGGCCAUGGAAACAGCGUACCUUCACUGUGUUUGGUGUGAGAGAGGGUGGUAAAUACAUUAUCCGUGUGAUUGCAAUAAAUUCAGCCGGAGAGGGAGCACCUGGUAUGACAGCGGGUGUCAUUGUGAGAAAUCCUGCAGAGGUUCCAGUUUGUGAGCUGGACCUCUCUAUUAAGAAUGGCGUCAUCAUUAGAGCUGGUGAGACACUGAGGCUGCCUUGCCAUGUUCUUGGAAAACCACAACCAAGCAUUAAAUGGCUAAAAGAGGACAAGGACCCUGACAAGGAACGGGUGGAAAUUGAAGAUGUCGGUCGUGAUAGCACUCUUAUUAUUAAGAAUGUACAGAGAGGUGACUGUGGUAAAUACCAGAUCACCGCUGCCAAUCCUAGUGGAAUUAAGUCAGCAUCAACCAGAGUUGAGGUUAUGGAUGUUCCUGGGCCUGUAACUGAUCUGAAGCCUGUUGUUGUGACGAGGAAGUUGAUGAUGUUGAACUGGGGUGAUCCUGAUGAUGACGGUGGUAGUGAUGUCAUUAGCUUCAUUAUUGAAAGAAAGGAACCUAAGGCACGUACUUGGAAACAGCCUAUGGAGACACCUUCAUCCAAAUGUGAAAUUGUGGGCAUUGUGGAAGGACAGGAAUACAUAUUCCGUGUUGUGGCAAAGAAUAAAUAUGGUUGUGGUCCUCCAGUUGAUCUUGGUCCUAUUCGUGCAGUGGAUCCUCUGUCUCCACCAUCGUCUCCUGAGAAGUUCCACUAUUCUGAAAGGACAAAGUCGUCCCUUAGCCUUACGUGGAAGCCACCUCGUAAUGAUGGUGGCAGCCCAAUUAGUGGCUACAUCAUUGAGAAGAAGAGACAAGAUGAACAGAACUUUGUGCCUGUCAAUAAGGAGCUCUGCACAAAUCUGUUCAUGACUGUGGAAGACCUUACAGAGAUGUUCAUGUAUGAAUUCCGUGCCAAAGCAGUCAAUGCUUUGGGAACUAGCGAGCCAUCUAUCACAAUGACAGUUGUCAUUCAAGAUGAUGAAGUCGCCCCAAGCUUGACCAUGUUGAAACACUUCAAGGCUGACACAAUCACUAUCAGGAAGGGACAACCAGUUGAGAUUCCUGCUCAAGUGACAGGCCUUCCACUACCAAAGAUUGAAUGGUUUAAGGAUGACGUCUUGAUUCCUGAACCACCUCCCGAUGAGACUGUUGUGAUUGAAACAGUGGAAGUGAACAGACAGACAGAAAAUACAAAACUGAUCCUUCCUGCUAUUGCAAGGAAAGAUAAGGGCUAUUAUACAGUCUCGGCAAAUAAUCGCCUUGGAACUGUCACUCAUAGUGUCCUGAUUCAAGUUCUUGAUCGCCCUACGCCACCAAGAAAUCUCAUCAUUUCAAACAUCAAGGCAGAAUCCUGCCACCUCACUUGGGAUCCCCCACUGGAUAAUGGAGGAAGUGAGCUCACAAAUUACAUUGUUGAGAAGAAGCAGAUCCGUGAAAUUGAGGAGGAAGAAACUGAAACUGAAUCUGGAGAGCCUGCUCCUAAGCCUGACUGGGUGAAGGUCACGAGCACCAUUGUUGAGAGGAAAUAUGGGGUGUGGGAGUUGGAAACCGAUGGUACUUACCAGUUCAGAGUCAGGGCUGAGAACAAGUAUGGAAUCAGUGAGGCAUGUGAGUCAAAGGAGGUGAUGAUCAAGGAUCCUUUUGGCCUUCCUGGUCCACCACAGAACCUCAAGAUUGCCGAACAUUCCAAGACCCACAUGCUGGUGACAUGGGAACCACCCAGAGAAAGUGGUGGCUCAGUCAUCACUGGUUACUGGCUUGAGAAGAGAGAGAAGGGAUCAUCUUACUGGUCCCGCGUGAACAAAAUCCCUAUCUCAAAGAGGGGUACCAAGGGCUGGGAGUCCCUGGUUACCCGUCUCAUUGAGGGCAAUGAGUAUGAGUUCCGCUGCAUGGCCUGCAAUGCUGCUGGAAUUGGACCACCCAGUGCAAUUUCUGAAUCUGCUUUCGCUGACGAGCCAAUCACUGUUCCUGGCCAGCCAGCUGCACCAGAAGUUGCCGACAAAACCAAGCGCAGUGUCACCCUUUCGUGGGUUCCACCAGCAAAAGAUGGCGGAAGCCCCAUUAAAGGUUACAUCAUUGAAAUUCAGGAUGAGGGUUCUUCCAGCUGGCUCCGUAUCAAUGAUGAAGAGACUCUCCAUCCAACCACGGAAUUCAAUGUACCAAAUCUCAGAGAGCUGAAGAGGUACAAGUUCAGAAUUGUUGCCGUGAACGACAUUGGAGAAUCAUUGCCAAGUCCCCAAACUGCUGAUAUUCUUCUUGAGGAUGUUCAAGUGGGACCAAAGAUCUGGGUGGAUGUUAAUGCACAUGACAUGUUGUCCAUCCGUGCUGGAUCUGUGAUCAAAAUCCCUGCAAGAAUCACAGGUCGCCCAGUACCAAAGGUUACAUGGGAGUUUAUUGGACCUGCUAAGACUGUAAAGAAGGAUCGCCUUCAUACAGUGCCUGUUGAAGCCCAGGUUGAAUCCACUGACACUACUUCUGUGGUCACAAUUCCCGUGAGUUUGAGGAGCCAUUCUGGCAGAUACACGAUCACUGCUAAGAACAAGUCUGGACAGAAGCACAUCAAUGUUAUGGUGAAUGUGCUUGAUGUGCCUGGGCCUCCAAAGGAGCUGAGAGUAACAGACAUCACUAGAGCCACAAUGAGACUCAUCUGGAAGCUGCCUGACAAUGACGGUGGGGAGAGAAUCAAGAGCUACUUCCUUGAGAAGAAGGCCAUCACAGGAAAGGCUUGGACUGUAGUCAAUCAGGCCUGUGCCAGCCAAGCCUUUGUUGUAGCUAACCUUGUUGAAGGAAAUGACUACCUCUUCCGCUGCCGCGCUGAAAAUCGUCUCGGCAUGGGACCAUAUACAGAGACCACUGAGCCUGCCAAGGCCAGAGAUCCGAUUUAUCCUCCCGAUCCUCCAACAAAGGUGAAGAUCAAUCUUGUCACCAAGGACACUGUGACCUUGACCUGGAUGCCCCCCAAGAACAAUGGAGGUUCUCCAGUGAAGCACUACAUUAUUGAGCGCCUGAGCUGGGACACCACCGGCCCACAGAAAGAGACCUGGAAACAGUGCAACAAGCGUGAGGUGGAAGAGACCAUGUUCAUUGUUGAGGAGCUUAAAGAGGGUGGAGAGUAUGAAUUCCGUGUCAAGGCUGUGAAUGAGGCUGGUCCUAGCAGACCAUCUGCCACAGCAGGACCAAUCGUGAUCAAAGACCAAACAUGUGCUCCAACUAUUGAACUCAAGGAGGCCAUGGAGGGCGCUGAGGGUUAUGAUGUCAACAUCGUAGCUAGAAUUCAGGGCUGUCCAUUCCCCUCUCUUGUGUGGCAGAAGGCUUCUCUGGAUAAGCCAGAGGAAAAGGCUGUUGUGCAGUACGGUCAACACGUCAACAAAAUUGUCACUAAUGAUAAAUGCACCCUGCUGAUUCAGCAGACUAAGAGAGACGACAGUGCUCUUUACACACUCACUGCCAGCAACAGCCUUGGCAAGGCAUCCAAGGACAUCAAACUCACUAUCCUGGGCCGACCUGGACCACCCGUUGGACCAAUCAAGUUUGGAGAAAUCUUUGCUGAGAGGAUUUCAAUGACCUGGCAGCCGCCCACAGAUGAUGGUGGCUCAAAGAUCACAAACUAUGUUGUUGAGAAGCGUGAGGACAACAGGAAGACAUAUGUGCAUGUCUCCAGUGAUCCCAAAGAAUGCGCUUACACAGUGCAGAGACUCACAGAGGGUCACGAAUACGAGUUCCGUGUUAUGGCUCAGAACAAAUACGGAGUUGGACCACCACUCUUCAGUGAACCUGAGAAAGCAAGAAAUCUUUUCACUGUUCCUGGCCAAUGUGAGAAGCCCACUGUCUUAGAUGUAACCCUUGAGUCAAUGACAGUCGAGUGGGACGAGCCAGAAUACGAUGGCGGCUCCCCAAUCACAGGCUACUGGCUGGAACGCAAGGAGACAACAGGCAAGCGCUGGACCAAAGUCAACCGUGACCCUCUUAGAGUUAUGCCUCUUGGAAUGGAACACAUUGUCACUGGACUCUUGGAGGGGGCUAUUUACCAGUUCCGUGUCACUGCCAUCAAUGCUGCUGGACCUGGACUUCCAAGCGUUCCAUCAGAUCCAGUUCUGUCAAGAGACCCCAUUGCUCCCCCUGGACCACCAACACCCAAGGUUACAGACUGCACAAAAUCAACAGUUGAUCUUGAAUGGAUUCCACCAAUUGUAGAUGGUGGUUCUAAGAUCACAGGAUACUUUGUUGAGUACAAAGAGGAGGGGCAAGAGGAAUGGGAGAAGGCUAAAGACAAGGAGAUCAGAGGUACCAAGUUCGUUGUUCCUGGACUGAAGGAACUCGGACUUUACAGAUUCAGGGUCAGAGCAGUGAAUGCUGCUGGUGUUGGCGAACCUGGUGAUGUCUCUGAAGUAAUUGAAGUCAAGGACAGAACAGUUGCCCCUGAGGUGGAUCUGGAUGCAUCUGUGAAGGAGAAGAUUGUUGUCCAUGCUGGAGGGGUUAUCCGUAUCAUAGCCUAUGUAUCAGGCAAACCCGCCCCAGAGAUCACCUGGAGCAGGGAUGAUGCACCUGUGCCCAAAGAAGCUGUUGUGGAGACCACUGUCAUCAGCUCAGCUUUGGUGAUCAAGGGAUGCAGAAGGCACCAUCAAGGCAUUUACACUCUAACUGCCAAAAAUGAGGGAGGAGAGAGAAAGAAGGCAGUCAUUGUUGAGGUCUUGGAUGUCCCUGGCCCUGUGGGUGAGCCCUUCUCUGGUGAGAAUCUCACAACUGACUCCUGUAAAUUGACCUGGUACACACCUGAAGAUGAUGGAGGCUCAGCAAUCACCAACUACAUCAUUGAGAAGAGAGAGUCAGACCGCAGAGGCUGGACUUCAGUGUCAUACACUGUCACCAGAAACAAUGCUGUGGUACAGGGUCUGAUCGAUGGAAAGGGAUACUUCUUUAGAAUUGCAGCUGAAAAUAUCAUUGGAAGAGGUCCCUUUAUUGACACACCAAAACAAGUUAUGAUCAAGGAUCCAAUUUCUGUCCCAGAACGUCCAGAAGAUCUGCACAUUACAGCUGUCAAGAAAGACCGCAUCAGCGUGGCCUGGAGACCACCCAAGUAUGAUGGUGGCUCAGAAAUCACAGGUUACGUGCUUGAGGCUCGUCUGAUUGGAAAGGACAACUUCACCCGCAUCACAGAGGAUAAGCUCAUGGAAAGGAUGUUCACAUAUGAGGGUCUUAAAGAUGGCUCCUCUUAUGAAUUCCGUGUCAGUGCUGUGAAUGCUGUUGGCCAAGGCAAGCCCUCUUUCAGCACAAAACCAGUAACUUGCAAAGAUGAGCUUGAACCACCAUCACUUGACUUUGACUUCCGUGAGAAAAUAACUGUGCGUGUUGGAGAGCCCUGCCUCAUCCAAAGCCGCUACAAAGGAAAGCCAGAGCCUACAAUUAAAUGGAUGAAGGAAGAAGAGGAGCUUAAGGCAGAUGAAGACCUCAUAGUCUCACAUACCAGCAAGUCCCUGUGCAUCAACAUUGCCAAGGCCAAGCGUGAGCACAGUGGAAAAUACACAGUCAUUCUGGAGAACAGCAUUGGUUCAUGCAAGGGAAUCUGUACUCUGGUAGUUGUUGAUCGCCCACAACCACCACAGGGUCCUGUCACCUUUAACGAAAUCUGCAGGGGUCACAUGGUCAUUUCUUGGAGACCCCCACUGGAUGAUGGCGGAUGUGCAAUCUCCAACUACAUUGUAGAGAAGAGAGACUCCAACAGAGACCUCUGGAUGCCUGUCUCAGAGUCCUGCACCAGAACAGAAUGCAAAGUUCCUAAACUGAUUGAAGGACGUGACUACAUUAUCAGAAUCUGUGCUCAGAACAUCCAUGGCAUUAGUGACCCAUUGCUGACGGCUGAGACAAAAGCAAGGGACGUGUUCAGGGUACCUGACCCACCCUCACAGCCAGUGGUGAAGGAGGUUUAUAAAGACACUGCUCUCAUCACCUGGGAACCACCAACUGUUGAUGGAGGCAAGCCUGUCACCAACUACAUUGUGGAGAGGAAAGAGACAAUGGGCAAAAGAUGGGCACAGUGUGGAAAGGAACGGAUCUUCCCCAAAACUGAGCACUGGGUUCAAGAGCUCCUGCCUGGCUGUGAAUAUGAGUUCCGCGUCAUGGCUGAGAAUGUUGUUGGUGUGGGUGACCCGAGUGUUCCAACAAAGCCCAUCUUUGCCAAGGAUCCCAUUGUUAUUCCAAGCCCACCUGUUCAUUUGGAGGCUAUUGAUCAUACCAAGGACUCAGUCACUAUUGCCUGGAAGCAACCACUUGACUGUGGAAGAGGCAAGAUCUUUGGAUAUCUUCUUGAGUAUCAGAAAGCUGGAGAGGAAGAGUGGCUUCAGGUCAAUCAAACUCCUGAUUCCUGCCAGGAGACAAAUUUCAAAAUCAUCAAUCUCGAGGAUGGCUCGCUGUACAGGUUCAGAGUGAAAGCUGUAAACGCUGCUGGUGAAUCUGAUCCUGCCACUCUCAAGGAGCCUGUGAGAGCAGUGGACAGACUUGAGCCACCAGAACUUAUCCUGGAUGCUAAUAUGACAAGAGAGGUGAAAGCCAUGGCAGGAACUCACAUUGUACUGAAAGCUUCAGUCAAAGGAAUACCCUUCCCCACAGUCACAUGGAAGAAGAAUGAGAAAGAAGUGCCUCCAAGAGCUGAAAUGACCACUGCUGGAUCACAAACCAAGUUGGAGAUGCGUUUCUGUAAUCGCAAUGACUGUGGCGAUUACACACUGACUGUGGAGAAUCCUGCUGGAUCCAAGACAGCCACAUGCACAGUGCUUGUCCUUGACAAACCUGGUCCCAUUCAGCACCUGAGGGUAUCUGAUGUCAGGUGUGACUCAGCUCAACUCUCUUGGAAAGACCCAGAGGAUAAUGGUGGAGCACGCAUCACUAAUUUUGUGGUGGAGAAAAAGGAUGCAGCAUCAGCACAGUGGGUGCCAGUGUGCUCAACCUCGAAGAAGCGCAGUAUGAUGCUAAAGCACCUCAUGGAAGGCACUUCCUACCUGUUCCGUGUUGCUGCUGAAAAUCAGUUUGGCAGAAGUGAAUUUAUUGAGACAACCAAAGCUGUCAAAGCCAUGAAUCCUUUAUUCCCACCUGGACCACCAAAAGACUUGCAUCAUGUUGAUGUAGACAAAACAGAGGUCUGGCUUAAAUGGAACUGGCCAGAUCGCACAGGAGGAAGUGAUAUCACUGGAUUCUUGGUUGAGUACCAAGAGGAGGGAGAGAGAGACUGGAUUGUCUUUAAAACAGUCAGUAUUCCUGAGUGCCAUGUGGUAGGGCUUGAGGAAGGCAAGACCUACAGGUUCCGUGUUAAGACUGAGAAUGCUAUUGGUCUUAGCCGGCCAGAUACCACAUUGCCUGUUCUGUGUCAGGAAAAACUUGUGCCUCCUAUUGUUGAGGUUGAUGUGAAACUUAUUGAAGGAAUAAUUGUCAAAGCUGGAAGCACAAUUAGGAUGCCUGCCAUUAUGAGAGGCAUACCUAUUCCUACUGCAAAAUGGGUCGUUGAUGACACAGAGAUUGUGAGCGAAGGAAAUGUCAAAGUUGACACAGACAAUUUCUCCACUAAUCUCACCAUAUCAGAGUGUACAAGAAAUCACACUGGAAUUUAUCUCCUCACAGUCUCAAAUGCUGCUGGAAGUAAGACUGUUGCUUUGAACAUUACUGUUCUUGACGUCCCAGAUGCACCAGUUGGCCCUGUCAAUCUCCUUGAGGUCACUCCUGAGUACAUGCUUAUUGACUGGCGUCCUCCUAAGGAUGAUGGUGGAAGCCCUGUCACAAACUACAUUGUUGAGAAGAGAGAAUCCAAGAAGGAAACCUGGGGUGGAGUGAGCUCUGGCAGCACCAGCACCAAAUUGAAGAUUAGUCGUCUCCAGAAGGGGGUUGAGUAUAUUGUGCGUAUUCGUGCAGAAAACAAGAUUGGCAUUGGUGCUGCACUUGAAAGUGCACCUACUGUUGCUCAGCACUCGUUUGAAGCACCUGGUCGUCCUGGUAAACCAACUGUGUCUGACCUAUCUGAAGAUUAUUUGACUCUUGGUUGGACCAUGCCCUUGUAUGAUGGUGGUAGUCCAAUCACUGGAUAUCUUAUUGAGCGUAGACAUGUUGGAGGCAAAUGGAUUAGGGUGAAUAAGAAACCCUGCAAGGAUCUUAGGUACAAGGUACUUGGACUAUAUGAGGGAACUAGCUAUGAGUUCAGAGUCUUUGCAGAAAAUAUUACUGGCUACAGUGGACCUUCUCCAACCUCAGAUCCUGCUACACCCUGCCGACCAAUCACUGUGCCUGGACCUCCAGUCAAUCCCAAAGUGAAAGACUACAGUAAGACACAUGCUGACCUGGUCUGGAUAAAACCUACUAAGGAUGGAGGCAGCCCUAUCUUGGGAUACGUUGUGGAGAUGCAGAAGGCCGGUGGUGAAUGGGAGAGAUGUAAAAAAGAUGACCUGAUUAAACUAUGUGCCUUCCAGGCCACAGGCCUUGAAGAGGGUGUUGAGUACAGGUUCCGUGUCAGAGCAGUAAACAUGAUUGGAGAUGGUGAAACCAGAGAAGUUCCAGAAUCUAUCAUUGCUCAGGAUAUCUUGAUCCCUCCAGAGAUUGAGAUGGAUGCAACAUGCCGCACACGUGUAACUGUAAGGGUUGGACAUAACAUUAACAUCCAAGGCUAUAUUAGGGCAAGACCUGACCCAGAAAUUACAUGGUCCAAGGGUGACAAGAUUCUGGAAAAAGACAAGCGCACCACAAUCACAACUAACCUCCCAGUUGUUCACUUCCACAUCAAAGAGGCCCAGAGAGCAGAUCAUGGUCAAUAUGUUCUCAAAGCUGUCAAUGACAGUGGUGAGGCAGCAGCAACCGUUACUGUAAAUGUCUUAGACAGACCUGGACACUGUAAGAAUCUGAUGAUAACAUAUGUGUCCAGGCAUUCUUGCAUGAUAUCCUGGGAAAAUCCUGAGGACAAUGGUGGUACCGAAAUCACUCAUUACAUUGUUGAGUUGCGUGAACCCAGUGUGAGAGCAUGGUCUGUGAUUUCAUCUGAGUGCACAAACUGCAUGAUCAAGGCCAAACUAUUGGAAGGCCAUGAAUACUUCUUCCGUGUCUCUGCAGCAAACAAAUGUGGCCCUGGGCCAACAAUAGAGACAAAGGUACCAAUCCUUGCCAUUGACCGCAUUGAGAAGCCUGGCGAGCCAGAGAAAUUCCAUGUCACUGACCUGACUAAGAAUUCAGUCUCCCUUAGAUGGCGAAGACCAGACUAUGAUGGAGGAUGUCAAAAUCUAUUCUACAAUUUGGAGAGAAAAGCCAAAGAUGCUGAAGAAUGGGAGGAACUGAACCCUGAACUACUCAAAGACACAUUCUUCACUGAUGAGAAAUGUGUUGAGAACCAAGUGUACGUUUUCAGGGUUCAAACUGUAAAUGAUGGAGGAGAAAGUAACUGGGUAAAGACCGGUGAGAUUAUUGUCAAAGAUGACAUCCAGAAACCAGUCAUUGACCUGAAGUUUACUGGCACCACAGUGGUAAAGGCUGGUGAUUCUGUCAGACUGGAAGCUGGUAUCAGAGGCAAACCAAUACCAGAGGUUACAUGGGUCAAAGAUAAAUGCACCGCUGACAAUCCCAGGCUUUCUAUUGAAAAUGGCCCUGAUUACUCUAAAUUCCUCAUGACCAAAUCUAAGCGUGGGGAUACUGGUAAAUAUAUAAUUACAGCCACAAAUCCUGCUGGAAGCUUCACAGCCUAUGGUAACAUUACCGUUUUGGACGUACCAGGCCCUGUGAGGGAUUUGAAGAUUACUGGUCUUGCAUCUGACAAGUGUAGAGUUGUUUGGGAUCCACCAGCAGAUGAUGGUGGUUGUGAGGUUGACACCUACAUCCUGGAGAAGUGUGAGACUAGAAGAAUGGUUUGGUCCACUUAUUCAGCCUCUGUGGUCACCAACUACUGCAAUGUCACUCGUCUCGUGGAAGGAAAUGAGUACAUCUUCAGGGUCAGGGCUGAAAACAAAAUGGGGACAGGUCCUCCCAUUGAAAGCAAGGCCAUUACUGUCAAAACUCAGUUUAACAGACCUGGACCACCAGAAGUUCCAGAGAUCACUAAGAUUGGCAAAGAGGAAAUGACAGUCGUAUGGGCUCCUCCAGAGAAUGAUGGAGGAAAGUCUAUCACUGGAUACAUCCUGGAAAGGAAAGAGAAACGUGCUGUCCGAUGGGUGCCAGUUACAAAGAGUGCAAUUUCAGAAAGACGCAUGAAGGUCACAAACUUGAUCCCCAACCAUGAAUAUCAAUUCCGUGUGAAGGCUGAAAAUGAGGUCGGUUUGGGAGAGCCCAGCAAGCCCACAAGACCUGUUGCUGCCAAAGAUCCAAUUGAACCUCCUGGUCCUCCCAGCAGCUUGAAAGUGGCUGACAGCACAAAGACAUGCAUUACACUUGGCUGGGCCAAGCCUGUAUAUGAUGGCGGUGCUCCAAUCCUGGGAUAUCUUGUGGAAAUGAAGGAAAAGCUUGAAGGCGAACCUGAAGAACCAGAAGAAGAAGUAGAAGAAGAAGCUGAACCUGAACCCGAAAAGCCUGCAGCUGAACCUGAAACAGUAGAAGGUGAAAAGGCCGAGGGUGAAUUGAUAGAAGGUGAAAAGCCUGAAGAAGUUGUUCCGGUUAAAAAGGCAAAGGCUCCAGAGUCACCCUGGAAGAAGUGUAGCACUGGCGGAGCUCUAGUUCUCACAGAAUUCACCAUUCUCAAUCUGGAUGAGAGGAAGCAAUAUCAGUUCCGUGUCUCAGCUCAAAACCAGGUGGGCUGGGGUCGCCCCGCAAGACUGAAAGAGGCAGUGUCACCUAAGGAAGUUCUUGAGGCCCCAGAGAUUGAUUUGGAUGCAAGUCUCAGGAAGGGACUUUCUGUCAGAGCUGGCUGCCCUAUUAGACUGUUUGCAACAAUCAGAGGAAGACCAGCUCCUAAAGUUACAUGGAAACGCAUCGGUGAAGAUAAUGUUAUUCGCAAGGGACAUGUGGAUCAAGUUGAUACAAUGUCCUUCCUUGUCAUCCCUGAAAGUACCCGUGAGGAUUCAGGAAAAUACUCCCUGACUCUGUCAAACUCCUGUGGGGAGAAGGCCAUAUUUGUGCGUGUGAAAGUGUUAGACACUCCUGGACCAGUUGGUGGACUGGAAGUAACUGAUGUCACAAAGACAUCAUGCCAGCUUGCUUGGCUACCUCCUGAAAAUGAUGGUGGUAGUACUAUAUUGAAUUAUAUGGUCGAGAAGCGUGAGGUUGAUAGGAAGACUUGGACAAACUGCACCAAUGAAAUAAAGAAGACAAGCUUCAAGAUCACAAAUCUUACACCAGGACUUGACUACUACUUCCGAGUCAUGGCAGUAAAUAAGUAUGGCAUUGGUGUACCUAAAGAUUCUCCCAAGGCAUACCUGGCAACUGAUGCUAUGAGUGAACCUGAUCCUCCCAAGAAGAUGGAUGUUUUGGAUAUUACAAAGAACAGUGCAACCCUGGGAUGGUUGAGACCACUGAGAGAUGGUGGAGCCAAGAUUAACGGCUACAUUGUUGACUACCAAGAGGAUGGUGAGCCUGAGGAUAAAUGGACACCAUAUUCAGUUGUAAAAGAUUUAACCAUUGUUGUUGUUGGACUGAAAGAAAAUACAAAGUACAGAUUCAGAGUGGCUGCAAGGAAUGCAAUCGGAUGCAGUCUUGCCAGAGAGGCCGAGGGAAUCUUUGAGGUCAAGGAACAGCUAAUGGCACCAAGGCUAAUAGUGCCAGAUGUAGUCACUGUGAAGGCUGGAACCAAGCUGAAAAUUGAGGCACUUGUGGCCGGUAAACCUUCACCUUCCACUAAAUGGAAGAUUGGCAAUGAAGAUGUGGUAACCUCAGAUCGUACGUCUGUGCAAAGAACUCCAAAUUCCACCACCCUCUUGGUCAAAGACGUUAGCAGGAGGGACAGUGGUUACUACAGUCUUGCUGUUUCAAAUAGUGUCUCAAAGAUCAACCAGAUCAUAAAAGUCAUUGUUAUGGACAUUCCUGGUCCACCUGAAGCUCCUCUUGAAAUUGUCGAAGUGGAUACUGACUCUUGCACUUUGGCAUGGAAUCAACCACAAGAGGAUGGUGGAAGCAGUAUAACCAACUAUAUUGUGGAGAAAUGUGAUGUAAGCAGAGGUGACUGGGUCAUAGCUGCUUCCUCUUGCACCCAGACCGGCUACAAAGUUGGAAAGCUCACACAAGGACAAGAAUAUGGUUUCCGUGUGCGUGCAGAGAACCGCUUUGGCAUUUCAGAGCCUAUUUAUUCUCAGAAGAUGAUUGCAAGACAUCCUUUCGAUACUCCUAGUGAGCCAAGAAAUGUCACUCUCAAGAAGAUUAACAAAGACUUUGUGAUCCUCACCUGGGAAAUACCAGCAUUUGAUGGUGGCAGCCCUCUGACUGGAUACUGUAUUGAACGUAAAGAGAGAAACAGUAUACUCUGGACUAGGGCUAAUGAGAUUUUAGUUCGUUCGACAGAAUACACUUGCUUUGGUCUAAUUGAAGGUCUUGAGUAUACCUUCAGGGUGUCUGCCAUGAACAAGGCAGGUCAGGGUAAACUUAGCAAGCAGACCGAUUUCAUCACAGCAAGGACUGCAGUUGAUCCACCUGGCAAACCAGAGGCCAUUGAUGUGACCAAGGGUUCUGUAGCUCUUGUUUGGAACCGUCCAGAAAAUGAUGGAGGCAGUAAGCUCAUUGGAUAUUAUGUUGAAUCGCAGAAGGUACCUGAGGAGAAGUGGGUGCGCCACAAUGCCAACUGUCAGAAUGUGCCAAAGGAGAACUUCGUUGUUACUGGACUUGAGGAAGGCGCUCAAUACAAAUUCAGAAUAAUUGCAAAGACAGCAAUAAAUCAGAGUUUGCCCUCAGAGGAAACAGACGCCAUUCCUGUUAUAGCAGAACAUGUUCCACCAAGAGUUGAGAUUGGCAUUGAGAUGAAAAACCUGAUCAUAGUGAAGGCUGGAGCAAAUGUGUCACUUGAAGCUGAGGUCUAUGGAAAACCAUUCCCGAAGGUUUCAUGGAAGCAUAAUGGCGAACCCUUGAAGCUGACUGAAGGAAUGAAAGUGAAACAGGACAGACACCUGUUUUCUCUGGAACUUUUCGCUGUAGCCAGAAAGGAAACAGGAGAGUAUACUAUUGUUGCUGAAAAUUCAAGUGGAUCCAAAUCUGGCAACAUUAGGCUGAAGGUUCUUGACAAACCUGGACCUCCAGCAUCAGUGAAGGUCAGCCACAUCUUUGCAGACCGUGUCAAACUUAGAUGGGAACAACCUAUAGCUGAUGGUGGCUCUGAAAUAACCAACUACAUUGUAGACAAACGUGAGACAAGCAGAGCCAACUGGGCUCAGGUCACAUCCAAUAUCAAUGGGCAGAUCACAACCUGUUCAGUGGAGAAACUGAUUGAGGGUCAUGAGUAUGAGUUCCGUAUCAGUGCUGAAAACAAGUAUGGUGUUGGGGAUCCCAUUGUCACUGACAGUGUAAUUGCAAAGAAUCCGUUUGGUGUUCCUGGACCUUCUGAACCACCAAUCAUCACAAACAUCAUGUGCAAUCAGAUGACUGUGACAUGGAAGGCACCUAAAGAUGAUGGGCGUGCACCUAUCCUUGGAUACAUUGUUGAAAAACGUGAAAGUCAAGAGGUCAAUUGGGCUAAAGUCAAUCGUAAACCGGUGAUAGACAGAACCAUCAAGGCACCCGGCCUCUCAGAGGGAACGGAGUAUGAGUUUAGAGUUACUGCCCUCAACAAAGCAGGCCUUGGAAAACCGAGUGAUCCAUCCAAUUCCGCAUUUGCAUUGGAUCCUUUGUAUCCCCCUGGACCCCCUGCUUUCCCCAAGGUUGUUGAUUCCACACAUAGCAGCAUCAGCCUUUCCUGGACAAAGCCAGCUUAUGAUGGUGGAUGUGAGAUCUUUGGCUACCAGGUGGAAGUCAAGAGAGCAGACGCUGAGGACUGGAUGAGGUGCAAUGUUCCAAAGGAUCUCCAGGCCACAAAGUUUGUGGUGACCGGUCUCAUGGAUAACACAGAAUACCAGUUCCGUGUGCUUGCAGUGAAUAAGAUUGGAUUUGGCGAUCCCAGCGAAGUUCCUGGAAAUCAUAUGCCCAAAGACAUCUUAAUUGCUCCCGAGGCUGAACUUGAUGCAGAUCUUAGAAAGGCCCUUGUGCUCCGUGCUGGAGUUACAAUGAGAAUCUAUGUGCCACUGAGGGGUCGACCUGCUCCCAAAGUGACUUGGAGCAAAGUUAAUGCCAAUAUCAAAGAGAGGGAUGGACUAAUGAUCAACACAACAGAAUGGGACACAUAUGUGUACUGUGAAAAUAUCAACCGAUAUGAUGCUGGCAAAUAUGUCCUUUCACUUGAAAACAGCAGUGGAUCAAAGUCAUACACCAUUAUUGUCAAGGUCCUAGAUACUCCUGGACCACCCCUUAAUCUAAUUGUGAAGGAGACCUCAAAGACCCAUGCAUCUAUAACUUGGGAGCCUCCACUUAUUGAUGGUGGAAGCCCUGUAAAGAGUUAUGUUGUUGAGAAACGCCUUGCAGAGAGAAAGGCAUGGACCUGUGUUGCCCCUGAAUGCCCUAAAGUGUCAUUUAGAAUUCCAAACUUGGAGGAAGGAAAGGCUUACUGUUUCAGAGUGUCUGCAGAGAAUGUCUAUGGUGUUGGGGAGGGUUGUGAAACUCCUGCACCAGUCAAGGCUUCAGAACAACCUGGACCAGUUAUGGAGUUCAAGCCUGCUGCUAUUACUAAAGAUUCAGUUACACUUGGCUGGAAGAAACCAGUUAGUGAUGGUGGAAGCCACAUUGUUGCCUAUGUUUUGGAAAUCAGUGAGGGGGAGGAAAAAUGGAAAGAAUUAAUGAAAUCUAGGCUCACACAGUUCACUGUUGGUAGCCUUGAAGAAGGAAAGGAGUACACAUUCAGAGUCAAAGCCAUCAAUGAAUCUUUAGAAGGUCCUCCAACUGAACUCACUGUGCUUGCUAAAGAUCAGAUAGUUCUACCGAAUGUUGACCUCAGUGGUGUGCCAGAUGGUUGUUACGUGGCAAAAGAGGGCAGCACUGUGCGCAUCACCAUUCCUGUCAUUGGCACACCUACUCCCAUUGCUAUCUGGAAGAAGGGUGGUAUUAGUCUGUCAGACAGUGGAAGGAUCUCAAUUGAACCUGCUUCAGGCGGCAGUACUUUGCUUAUCCGUGACAUCCACCGGAGUGAUGCUGACAAGUACACAAUCAUUGUGAGGAACAGUGGUGGCACCAAAGAAGCGGCCAUUUAUGUGAAGGUUGUUGGCAAGCCAGGUCAGCCAACUGGUCCCAUUACUUUUGAUGAAAUCACUGCAGAGGCAAUCACAAUUGAAUGGGGUCCACCAAAGGAUGAUGGUGGCUCAGAAAUCUCCAACUACAUUGUGGAGAAGAGACACACCACAGCCAAUAAGUGGGUUACUGUUGCUUCAGCAAUACAGAAGACUACCAUGCGAGUGAUGAGACUCCAUGAUGGCACUGAGUAUAUCUUCAGAGUAUUCGCAGAAAACAAAUAUGGAGUUGGCGAGUGGCUCAGAUCUGAUCCAGUCAUUGCUAAGCAUCCAUUCGAUGUGCCUGAUGCACCAGCACCACCAGAAAUCAUCAGCAUUCGUCAUGAGUCAGCUAUUCUAACCUGGUCAGAUCCAAAAGAUUCUGGAGGCUCUCCAAUUACAGGAUAUCACGUUGAGUUCAAGGAAAGAAACAGUUUGAUGUGGAAGAGAGCUUGCAAGACCCCCAUUAGAGUGAAGGAGUGCAGAGUGACCGGUUUGAUUGAAGGCCUAGAGUAUGAAUUUAGAGUUAUUGCCAUGAAUAGGGCUGGUCUUGGAAAGCCAAGCAAAACUACAGAGCCUAUUGUUGCACUUGAUCCUAUUGAUCCUCCUGGUAAACCAGAUGUUAUCAAUGUUACAAGAAACUCUGUAACACUGAUCUGGACCGCACCCAAGUAUGAUGGAGGUCACAAACUGACUGGUUACAUUGUUGAGAAAUUAGAACAUCCAGGAAAGGCAUGGAUGAAAGCCAACCAUGUGAAUAUCCAGGAAUGUGCAUACACAGCAACAGAUAUGCAAGAGGGCUGCAAGUGUGAAUUCAGGAUUAGAGCAAAGAAUGCAGCAGGUGCAAUCAGCGUUCCAUCUGAGCAGACCGAUACUCUUGUUCUUAAAGAUGAAUAUGAGCCUCCAACUGUUGAAAUUGAUCCAGAUAUGAAGGAUGGUGUCAGUGUUAGAGCUGGAGACACAAUUAUAAUUACUGCCUCGAGCAUCCUUGGAAAACCACCCCCAACUGCUGCUUGGUCCAAGGGAGGCAGGGAAUUGAAGUCAUCAGAUACCUGCCAAAUUAAGAGCACCCCAACCUCCUCCACAAUUUCCAUCAAAUAUGCUAACAGGAAGAACGCUGGCGAGUAUGUAAUUACUGCAAGCAAUCCAUUUGGCAUCAAAGAAGAACGUGUCAGGGUCAAGGUUCUGGAUAUCCCUGGCCCUCCAGGUCCAAUUGAGAUCAGCAACGUUUCUGCUGAGAAGUGCACACUGACUUGGCUACCUCCUGAGGAGGAAGGUGGCGUUGUCAUCAAAUCUUACACUAUUGAGAAGAGGGAAACUAGCCGCCUUCUCUGGACAAAGCUUGCAGAGAAUGUCAUGGACUGCCGAUUUGUUGCCAGCAAACUCAUUAAAGGAAAUGAGUACAUCUUCCGUGUCUCAGCAGUGAAUCAGUAUGGUACUGGUGAUUCAACAUUGUCUGGUUCGGUCAAGAUGAUUGACAGCUACAGACCACCUGGGCCACCAUCAAGGCCAGAAAUUGAUAAUGUGAGCAGAACAGCUGUCACAAUCUCUUGGAGGAGACCUGCUAUUGAUGGAGGAAGUGACAUUAGAGGAUAUAGUGUGGAGAGGAAAGAGAGGAGAGGAAUGAGAUGGGUGAGAGCUUGCAAGAGAACAGUGCCUGACCUUCGUUACAAAGUGCAGGGCCUGACAGAGGGAGUAGAGUAUGAAUUCCGUGUCACUGCUGAGAACAAGGCUGGCUUUGGCGAGCCAAGUGAGGCCUCACCUUCUGUGGUGACCAAGGAUAUUGUUUAUCCCCCUGGACCUCCAUCCAAUCCAAGAAUUACUGACACAACAAAAACAACAGCAACUUUCCACUGGGGCAGACCUUUCUAUGAUGGUGGGCUUGAUGUAGAAGGAUACAUUGUUGAACACAAACGUGAAGGAGAUGAGGACUGGAUUGAGGAUGCGUCAGGCUUGAAAAUAAAUGAAUUUGUUGUUUCCAACCUUCAGUCUGGUGGGAAAUACCUCUUCAGGGUGAAAGCUACAAACUCAGAGGGAACUGGGGAAGCUGGAGAAGUUGAAGAAGUGAUUGAACUUGCAGACCGUGAAUCUGUCCCAGACUUUGAGCUUGAUGCAGAGCUCAGGAAAACGCUUGUUGUUAGGUCAAGAGCCUCAAUCCGCAUAUUUGUACCAAUUAAGGGGCGUCCUACCCCUGAGGUGAUCUGGUCCAAGGACAAUAAACCCCUGAAAGGAAGAGCACACAUUGAUACCACUGAAUCAUACACUCUUGUUGUGGUCCCUGACUGCACGAGAUAUGACGCAGGAAAGUACUUCUUGAGUUUGGAAAAUGUUGCUGGUAAGAAGACUGGAUUUGUUAAUGUCAGAGUCAUUGAUACUCCUGGACCUCCAGUAAAUCUUCAACCUAGAGAAAUCACUAUAAACAGCAUCACCCUUCAGUGGGAGAUUCCAAUAAUUGAUGGUGGCUCCAAAAUUACUAAUUACAUAAUUGAGAAACGUGACGCUACAAAGAAGGCCUAUACACUGAUCACUUCUGAAUGGCAAAAGUGUUCCUACAAGUUUGCUAAUCUUGAAGAAGGAAAUGAAUACUACUUCAGAAUAACUGCUGAAAAUGAAUAUGGUGUUGGCGAGCCAGCAGAAACACCUGAAACUAUCAGAGCCUCUCAGGCACCAUCUGCUCCAGAAAACCUUUAUGUGACUGAUGUGUCAAGUGAGACGGCAACUCUUACGUGGACAAAGCCAAAACACGAUGGUGGUAACAUAAUAACUGGAUAUGUUAUUGAGGCUCAGAGAGCUGAUCAGAAGGAAACAGAUCAGUGGACUCAUGUGACAACAAUUAAAGCUCUUGACUAUGUUGCAACAGAUCUGCAAGAAAAUACAGAGUAUAUAUUCAGAAUCAUGGCUGUGAACAAGUCUGGCAGAAGCAACCCAUUUGAAAGUCGGCCAAUCAUAAUUAGGGAACAAACUGCCGCACCUCAGUUUGACCUUAGAUCAGUCUACCAGAAGACAGUGGUCAUCAGGGCAGGAGAUAACUUGAAGGUUGAAAUUCCUGUGCUGGGCCGUCCAAAACCCUCAGUUGUGUGGAAAACAGAGGGCAAAGAAAUUAAACAGACACAGAGAAUGAACAUUGACAACACAGCAACCUCAACUAUCUUGAACAUUAAAGAGAUCAAGAGGAAAGAUGGUGGAGAGUACACUAUGAUUGGAAAGAACAUCAUUGGAACAGUCACUGAGAUUAUCACAGUUGUAAUACAUGACAUCCCUGGAGCCCCAACAGGACCAAUUAAGGUGGAUGAAGUUUCUUGUGAUUAUGUUCUAUUUUCCUGGGAGGCCCCAGAAAUUGAUGGUGGAGUUCCAAUCAACAAUUACAUUGUUGAGAUGAGAGAGACCACAGGAACAUCAUGGAUGGAGCUGGCAGCAACAGUUAUUCGUACAACAUUUAAGGCUGCUCGUUUGAAAACAGGAAUUCAAUAUCAAUUCCGUGUUAAAGCCCAGAACCGGUAUGGGUUUGGUCCCUACAUAACAUCAGAGCCUGUUGUUGCAGCUUAUCCAUUUGAUGUCCCAGGGCAGCCAGGAACACCCCAAGUAAUUACCUUUACUAAAGAUUGCAAUGACCAUAAGUUGGAACGAGCCUUCAUCUAAUGGUGGAAGCCCAAUUUUAGGUUAUCACAUUGAGAGAAAAGAGAAAAACAGCAUCCUUUGGCAGAGGACCAACAAGGCCCUUGUGGUUGGAAACCUCUACAAAUCAUUUGGUC